AUGGAGAGAAGCAUGUUUUUGGCCUGUUUAUGGCUCACUUUGAUUGGGAUAAUACAGGGAGACACCAUAGGAAAGUCAAGAGUUAGGCAUUUGUUCGUUCAAAGGCGUUCUCCCAUUCCUGGUUCGCCGAAAAAGUUAUUCGAGCUUGCGCACGAAGUUGAAAACAAGCUGCAGUCAAGCAGCGACCAAAAUGUUCACAAACUUUUAUCCCGAGUUCGCCGAUCGCUGAAUCCGGACAUGAAACCCUCCGUGAAUGAGGUGAGAGUUGUUUGUUAAGCUUUUAAGGUUUGCUGCUAUUUGUGUGCCUUAAUUCAGCCUGCGAUGGAAAAAUAAUAUCAGAUGCAAUAUUUAUUUCUCCAACGACAAUUGUCAUACUAGCUUCCGCGUUGCUUCUCUUACCCAUGUUUUCACUGUUACGCGACCUUUGAAAUCCAAACCACUUGGAAAUCGAUUUUCUGUCAGUCAACGAUUUUACGAGCGCCUGGUUUGCUCGUUUUAUGCGUCUGAUUGACUGAAAUAUUUCCAAGCAGGUCGCCUAGCAUUGAAGAUAUGGUCAUCAUUCGACCGUCACUUAAUUUCAGCUCAUGAAGCUGAAGCAAUUUUGCCGUUUCCUGAAGUUGAUGUUUGUGUUGCGCCAGGAGUUUUACAAUGAAUAUCUAAGCACUGAGUGGCAUCCAUUUUGAAGGAAGGUGAUCUCUGGUUUUAUUGUUGAAGCUGCAGUGAAAUCAACAGUUUUGUUUAAAAAUUUAAUUAUGCCUAGCAUCAGCAAAUUCAGGAAAGUAAAAAACAAAAACUUUUUCCUCCAUGAUAACUGCCCAUGGUAAAUAAAGUCAUUUACAAGACACAACAUAAUUAUUUCCCUUUUCAGCUGUUGUCUGAUCCAAAAACGUUUUUAUGUCUCAUGCCAUCCAAUGGUGUAAGGUGAUGGGUGAUGACAUAACUUACCUCCAGUUGAGUUGUUAAAUAGUUCUAAUUAGAAUUUCUUAUUUCUCAGUGUGGUUGGUCUUUUUCACCAAUAUUCAACUUAGUUUGAUUCAAAUUUCUCUUUACUCCGUAGCCUUAAUCUUACUGGUAGGAAACAAAGAUAUUUCCAGUUUAUCUUUAGAGCAGAACUUACAAUGUACCUACAGCAUUAAUUUUGUUCAAAAGAAUAACUCAGAUGUUACCAUGCUGUUGCAAUUAUUUAUUAUUUAUUUGAACUUUAUUGCAGUUUUAAUGCUCUCACAAUAUAAAAUACUUCUAAGUGAAUUACAGCUGGUUGGUCAUUUGUUAAGUGAUGUUAAGAUAGGUUAAUAGAAGUGGCACAAUAGGAUCUGGUGUCAGUUGUGUAUUUUGUAUCAAUUGCUUUGCAUUGAUCACGUCCGCACUAGUUAUCUCAUUUGUUACCCUACCCUCCCACCCCCAGCAGUUGUAUUGUGUCCCAAUAUAUUAAAUUGCUCUGUUCAGGCCCACUCUCGUGUCAUCAUUUAUUUUUGCAAAUUGUACAGCACACAUUGUGUAUGUGUAAUAAUGAUGCUGCCUUAGUGAAGAUGAGCGAAAUGGACAGUUAUUAGUUGAAAUAGACAUCAAAGAAACUGGCUGUACUUCUUUUUGGUGGGUGUUGUCAUAAUGUCAAUUUUUUUGAAAGAAAGAAUGGACUUUGUUGUUGGUACCAGCAAGUAUAGGGUCCCUUGAUUAAUAUCUGGUUGCCCUACGUUUUUUCUGAAUAUCAAGGUGACUUAUGGGUCAUCCAGUAUUAGCAUCGUAUAUUUUAUGACUUCAAAGAAAAAAAGAUUUAUGGAACUCAUCCUGGAAGCUUGUUGGUCAAAUAAAUGUAAUGGUGUUUUGGAAGAGUGAUCAGAGUAAAGUGCAGAUGUUGGAUGUUGUGGGCUUGAUUUAUUUUGUGGAUCAAAUAAUUAGAAAUGGUAGCUAGAUUUAAUAAUCACACUUAUAUUACAUGUCUACCAUGUAGAACCAUGUGAUUGCACUAACCCUUAGCUCUGUAUGCGUAAACAGCAAAAUAAUUUACUUGUAUGGCACUAGUCUUGUAAGCCAAGGGUGUAUGUUGUAUUGUUAAAACAGGCCUUCUGAUAGAGUGCAAAAAAUAUUUUGUUAAGGCAAGUGAAACUUACAUUUUAGUAGUCAUCUUGUAAAGUCCUUGAAAAGUACUUGAAUUCUCUAUUAGGUCUUGAAAAGUCCUUGAAAUUCACUACUUUGUCUACUUCUGACACAAUUUUCUGUAAAAUUUGAUUUUUUGCUGACAAAAAGUGGGCUCAUCCUUUUGGUGCAAGAACCUGUAAAACUUACGGGUAAUGUAAAAGCAUUUUUGUGCAUAAACAAUAUUUUAUUUCUGCUUCUUUAUUUCGAAUGCUAUUUCUGUACCUCAGAUGCAAUAAAAUCAUUUGCAAUGUGCUGACUUGCAGAAAGUAUAAAAUAAUGUGAUCAACCAUGGCUGAAGAAGUUAAAUUCAUAAAUGACUCCAUGAUGUGUUAUAGCCAUGCAUGAGGUGUUCAAAAGGCGGUUAAAGACUGCCGAUUUAUUGAAUAAAUCUUAGUCCUUGAAACAGUAAUUUUUCCUUGAAAAAAUCCUUGAAAAGUCCUUGAAGUUUAUGUGUCUGAAAAUGUCCGAACCAUGAUUAAUGCUGGGCUCACUUGUUUGCUAAGUUGACCCUGUACCUUUUACAUGUAUUGCAUAACAGGAAGACAGUGAAAAAUAUUAACAUGCAUGGUUAAAUAAUGCCUCAGGCCAUAUGAAAUUAUCAACUUGGCUGUGAUAAACAAGAUGUUUUGGUUUGACUGUGUGUUUAAGUCAACUACAGCUAUGUGAAGCAUCUUUGUCAAUAAUUUUAAAGUCUUGAAGAUGACAUUUCACCUGGUACAUGUACAUAUACAUACACUGUACAUGUAAUAACGGACUUAAGACCUCUUGAAAGUUCAGAUUGUUGUUUGGUUAAAAACAUUCUCACUUAGUUGCUAGACCCCAUCAAGGAUUGUCUGACUUGUACAUGUACAUGUAGUUUGAACUUUUGAGUCUGUGGAUGAUCUUAACUCUGCUUUGACCACUCAAAUCAUACAACUAUUUGACAGUACUUUUGAUUGGUGAUUUCAGCAUUUGAAAAAUGAAUUUUGGAAAAUUUUCCUAAACUAAUUUUAUAUAGGCUUCCUAAGGUGGUCAUUAAGUGAAGUGUACAUUCCUCAAAAGGUUUAGGAAUUUGCAUAAUAAUAAUACAAACAAACAAAUCAAAAAAGGCAUCACAUUCUUCAUAUAGCAGUUGCAUUCUUGAGUAACUGUUGGGUUGUUCCUAGAGAACAUUGAACCUUCCUUGGGUUUCCUAUUCUCCUUUGCUUGUUACGUGCUUUUUAAAUAAUCAGGAUGCAAUAAAAUCUUGAAUUCCAGUUCCCCCUUUAGACAAGCAGUCCAGCUCUCGCAUUUUGCCUGCUCAGGCCCAUUAUACUCCCUAGGCUAGCGUUACGUAAUGUUGUAGGUACCAGUUGACCUGUACAGUCAAACCUUUGCUAAUUAGACUAGAGAGGUUAAACAGUUACAUGUACUUGCCCAAAAAGAAAAGCUGCUUGUCCCAGCACAGGCAGACCAUCCAACCUGUUUGAGGCAACGUGAUGUCACACGUGACACAUGAUCCCAUACAUUUACUGUAUUUUGUAAUGCCCACACUUGGCUUGAUUCAAUUUAUUUGUAGAAAUCAUUCAUAAAACACAGAAUUUUGCACCUUUUGGUCCCAAAUGUUGAUAUAAAGUUAGGAAAGUGAAGAAAGAUAACUUCCCGUAUGUUUUCAGUCACUUGAUACUGACACCCCCAACUAACAUAUCAUAAAACAAAAAGGCUUGCAAAUUCGGCAGCCGGCCACAGCUCAAUGCCUUCUGAAGUUUGCCCAUUUUCUCUCACUUCCACAUGUCCCUUACCACGCAGCCUAUAGAAAAUGAAAGCCAGAUAGUUUGUGAAGAUCUAUGCCAAAAACGACCUAAAGUGACAAGGCAAAUUUUCACAUGCGCCCCAAAAUCACCAUAGUCAGAGGAUGUGCACCAAAGUGGUCGAUCAUAAUGGCCAUAUUAAAUUCGAAUUAACAACAACUAACCCUUCUCACCUCCCCACAGCGCACAUCGUUCCUGAUGAAAAUGAUGGCUGGAAGCGGCUGAUGCAGGGCAUAAUAUUGUGAUUAUUUUUUUCUGCUGUAAGUCGCCUUUCGCUUGGCAUCCAAAAUUUGAAAAUAACCUGAGAUUAGAGCAGAAUGACUGCAAAAUACUCUUUGUGUUGACUCAGUGCGCUGUUGGGAGGUGAAAAAGGUUAAUUGUCAUUAAUUCGAAGUUGAUUUGGCUGUUCUUCAUUUUUCUUGCAUUUAUGAACAUUUUGGAUGUGCAAAAUUCUGUGUUUUCUGAAGCACUUCUACCAAUCAUUUGAAUCAAGCUGCGUGCAAGUGUUACAAAAUACAGUAAAUGUAUGGGAUCAUAAAUUAUGUUGUGUGUGACAUCACUAUGCCUCCAACAGUUCAGAUGGUCUGGCUGUGGUACCAGAUGACCAGACAGGAUUGUCUUUGAGCCCUGAUAACGCAGUAGAAUACAAAUGAUUGGUUUUUUUUUUUUUAAAAAAAAAACAAAAAAAAAAAAAACAAAUGAUUGUUGCCAUAAUUUAUACAUAGUCAAGUAAAUUAUUGGGAUAUCCUCUAAUAUUAAGUUUCCUUUUGGAGAUAUCUUCAAUUUUACCAUGUGACAUUUCUGUACACCUGUACUUAAACCUCAAGUACACUCAAUAAUAUACGAUAACCUUUUAGUUAUAAAUGUCGUGGUCUGUGCCAAUAUUAUUUUGCUUCAUGACUAAUGAGGCACAGAAUGUACAAUGUACAUGCAGAUCAUAAAAAUUACCACUUUGGGAUUGUAUGUCCAUGAAGGCUUGGAAGAAAAAAUAAUAGUUAAUACAGAAAAUGAAAUUAUUGUUAUUAUUAUUAUUUAUACUAUAAUAUAAUAAGUGAAGAAAGAAACUAUUCAUUUACAAAUUCUAAAAAAUAGAAGUAACUUAAAGUUACAUAAAAGAAGAGGAAAUAGAUAUAAUUAAUAAUAAAAGUUCAAAAUUCUAUAAAAUAAAGAAUUCCAUUAUGCAGAGAUAUUAAGAUCAUACAAUCGAAUUAUACUAAUGAUGGCUAAACCAGUGUCCAUAAAAAGCCCUAAGUAUAAAAGCAUAUAGACACGUAUUUCAGAUAUCCGCACUAGCGACAUUUAUUUUUCAGUCUAAUGAUUGCUCUAUCUUGCUACGAAACGGUGUUCGCAAACCUCUGAGGCAUGCAUGUACCGAUCUUAAGAGUUCAAACGAGAUCUGUGUCCUGAGCCAAGUGAUUACAACAUGAUAAGGCUCGGUGUCUUUCUGAGCUAUCUUGUCUGCGAGAUGCUUUAUUGCUGCGGAGCCACCGUAGGGAGUGAGCAGCAACAUAAUCAGGAUUUAAGCGAAAUAUAUAAGGGGUGACGAAUUCUCAAAUUCAUCACUUUUUACCACAAUGCAUUGCAUUUAACCAGAGUGCAUUGCGCCACGAACAAGUCAAAUAAAAACACGGGGAAGUUCGCAUCGUUCGCUGCCCAGACUCAGAGUUUUCUUUGUAGCAAAUUUUCUACAGCACAGUUAGAGGUCUUACCAAAUUUAAGACACGCAGGAGUCUUUCAGAUGAGUACGAUGGUUAACUUGGGGAUUGGAUUUCAAUUCAAGAGCCUUUGACUCGUCCAGGUGUUAAACCUGAUGAGAAGAUAAGUAUUUGCUCUUCGACUCCGCAACACGGGGGAUAUACAAAUUCCAGCUUGCUAGAAGGUGAUGUGAAAGUGAGAAAAUGUCAUGCCAUGCUAUUCUUAAGAACCUGUAUGAGCCGAAAAUGGAUGUGAUUUUGACCAUUCGCUUCAAAAUAACAGCGGAAAUCGAGAUAACAAAACAUAUGUUUUGUGUCCUACUUUGCAGACGAGGACGUGUAUCGGCGUUUUGAAAAGUAUAAUUAUGUUCUUUCAUUCAUUCAUUGCCAUGGAAGAUGCGUUUACAUUGUUUUUUCACUGUUAAUAGCUCGGUUAAUGCGGCCGGCGAUCAUCUUGCCGGCGGAAGUUUCAUGGAAAAGGAAUAUGAAAGACUUUUACUACAGAUUACGUAAUCAGCCUCUGCGCUGUAGUGGUUAGGUGUAGUCGCUUCGAGUCGUAGGUGCCGGGUUCGAGUCCUACCGUCUCAGUCUCACUGCCUAACUAAUGCCAGUAUCAACAGAAUGUGCCGCAGCAUUACUAUCUUUUAGAUACCCUAGUACUAUAAUUGAUUGAUUUUGAGCUUCGCUUAAAAUGCUUAAUUUGAUGCGUUUAGGAUUAUAUAUAAUGGUUAUUAGUUGGCCAUGUCAUAUCACAUUCUAGUUUAUAAUUAACGUAGGGUUAUAAACUGCCUAACACUUGGGAGAGGCCAUUCAUUAAGUUUCAAUAAGUGAUUGAAGCAAAAGUUCAAGAGAUCUAGUAUUGUAAUCGUAAUUUUUGUCUUGCAGUUUAAGCUGAAUGACAGUCAUUACAUGGCAUAUGUCCACUACAACAGAGAAACUAUUGUGCUGUUAACACGGGAUCGAAUACCUGGAUUGCACAGUAACAGUCAUGUCUGGAUCUCCAAGAAUUAUGGACAUAGCUUUCAGAAUCGUUCAUCACUCUUUACCCUUAGGAGUGGCUCGUCUGCCUUGAUUAAUAUGUUUCAUGUAUCUCCAGUUGAUGACUCAAAGGUGUGCAAAUCAUACUCAGGGUGUACAUUAUAUUCAAUAUUUGCUUCUAGUUGUAUAUGUUGCAGGUUAAAAUUAAAUUCAGGUUAAAUUUUUUUAACCUAGGUUGAGUUUCAAUUUCCUUUGUCCCCUAGCCCUACCUGCAACCUGGGUUAAAAACUUUUAACCUGAAUUUAAUUUUAACCUGUAACAUAUCUGUUGGUGACCAAGUGUGAGGCCAAUGGCUGCAAGAAUAUUGGCCAGAUUCUUUUUUUGUGUUUUCAUUGACUGAGACAAAGUCAAGGUCAAUAAGAACACAAAAAAAUCACAAGGCCAAUGUCCAGCUAUUUUGACCGAACAAGCUUGGUCAAUAAAGGAUUCAUUAUAUGGCCUAAAAGAGAACUUAUUCAUUAUCUGUGCGUUUUUCCCAUUCAAACAUUUUUCUGUUUCUGUCCAUUUUGCCUUUCAUGGUCACAAAUAUUUUGCCCUAUAAAAGUGGCUUCUUGUUGACAAAAUGUUUUCAAAAACAAGCAAAAUUUUGUGUAGUGCGGACAGGGCCUGAAGCAAAAAGAUAUUUGGACAGGUGCCUUCUCAUGUCAUCAUCAUCAUCAUGGAAGUCCAUCGUGAGUGAUGGAGACAUCAUCAGUGACACCAAAGGUGAGAAUGCAGCCCAAGGUUCAAUGCACAGAUGCAAGCACACUGAAGGCACCUUACAGCAGUACUUGUUUCAGUUCUCCUCUUUUUGAAAAUUUUGAAUGUCCUCAUGGACGGCAAUUCUCCAGGCGCUGUGAUCUGUAGCAAGCUAGGGUUUCCCAUCCAGCACUUCUGUGUUGGAGCUGACUCUAUCUUCCCAAGAGAUGCCCAUGACCUUGCGAAGGCAGCAGAGGUGAAACUGAUUGAGUUCUAAAACGGGGAAAGACCAUUGUGAUUUAAAGAACAAAUAUCACAUGCUGAGUGUUAAUUUGGCUCUUUUUUAUUUUUGUUUUGUAGUACCUUUUUGUCGACAAACGUAACAAAGUGAUAUUUAGCACAAGAGAUGACUGUUCAACAUUUGUCCGGUCCAGCCCACUGAGUUUUUCACCAGAUGAAAUACUUUUUCAUCCAAGUAGCACUGAUGUUGUUUUGUCUUAUGAUGAGAACACAUCAAAGGUAAUCCAUUAUAAAAAUAAAAUAAACCUGGAAUGUAUUUUUAUAAUGACAUUUAAACAGUUUGAAUAAAUGACGGCCAUUGUUUCAGAAAUUCCAAGUUAAAAUUGAGGAGUAUUUUCAAAGAAGUCUGUUAAUUCCAUUAAGUAUGAACUAAACAGUAUGUUGCCUAUUACACUGUCUGUAUUAAUACUUUUGUCUUGUAUUAAUUAUAUUAAUAUUUUUAUUGGUAAUGUUAAUUUUGCUUAGCUGCGUCAAAUCCUGAGGGGUGGUUUGGGUGGUUUGAACCCCCUAAACUGAUAUGAAAACGUUUUAACACAAGCGGUUUCUGACCUAAAACUUUGGUGGACAUACAUUGCUAACAAGCACUAUAUGACCAUUGUUAUCUUAUGAAAAAUGACUGUGGUGAAAAGCAAAAAAAACCUGAUAGAGGAGAGUCUUUUCCCGGUUUUAAAUGCCCUGUUGAUUCCAUUUUUGAAGAAGCUCAAGAGUGAUCAUCUUAGGUCUAGAGCACUUGGCAAAUACAAAUUUAAAACCACUGUUUCUGAUUUAUUUUCGAUAUUGGUCUCGAUUAUUGCAAAUUUUAAGAGUGAUCCAUGUUUAAAGUAGCUAAAAAACCUAGGUUGAUUCUCAAUUUGAUGAAUUAGGGCUAGGAAAAAAAGGAAUUGAGAAUUUUAACCUAAACUUAAUUUCGACCUCUAACACAUGCAUGUACAAUACAUGUAUGUCGCAAGUUUAACUUACCCUAGCCUAAAUUUUGUUCAGCUUUAUUAAUAUUGUUAUGUACAAUGUACAUGUAGUUAAUACCUUGAUGUCUGUGUUUUCUGUCAACAGCUGUAUUAUUCUGUAGACUUUGGAUCGAACUGGAGACUGAAAGAUGAGAAUGUUCGUUCAUAUUACUGGUGAGAAAAAGGACAACAAUUAUGUGUUUUCAAGUGUUCUUGGUUUUUAAUUCUUGUUCUGUUCACAAUUGUUUGAGUUUACCUUACUUUGCUUUCAAUAGGGGUAUUCCACCUUGGGACACUGUAAAUACACUGUACAUUGAGCGAGAAGAAAUUACAGGUAUAGUUUACCUGUUGGUAAAUUUGUCAUAUUGUUUAAGUGUCAUGAUCUUUUCCAUAUUAGAAUCAAAUUUUUUUUUUAAUCACUCAAGCAAUAGAAAACAUUUUUCGUGUUUGCAUAACCUGAUAGAAACACGAGGGGGGUUGGGAGAAUAUGAGACAGUUAUGCAAACCCGAGAUAAAGUCGAGGGUUUGCAGAAGGGUCAAGACUUCUCCCAAGCCUUGAAUGUUUAUAUCAGGCUAUGCAAAUACAGGAAAAAAGUUUUCUAUUGCUUUUAUAAAUUAACUUUCCUACGAAAAAACAUAAAACUCUUUGUUAUGGCACUGAUUAAAAGAGAAAUUCUCACCAGUCGCAAAGUCUAGUACACGAAGUCUUGGACGUGUAAUCAGUUCUUGUUUUGCAAAAAAGAGGCUUUCCAUUUAAGCAAAAAAAAUUGACACAGCAUGUUUUGUAAAGAGUUUCCAAGUUUCAGCUGUAUAAAUAAAGUAAACUUGUCGAGUUUUCAAUUCAAAAUUUUUUACAAAUUUGUGCCUCCAUGAUAAGGGUGUGAAAAGCAAAAAAAUCUUGAUGUCACAACCAUGUUUAUAAUUAUAGUCUCAUGCAAACACUCUUCUUGGCCUAUCAGAGUGUGCGUACUAUCUUGUUUUAUAAACAGUUAUACAAUCAUGGAACUGUGAUUUAUCUCAAUUUUCUGAAUUCCCAGCCUUUUAUUGUACUGCAGUUGUUUUUAAGUAAGUAAAUUAACUUGUCCAUUAUCCAGAAGCUUUUGUGGAUGCUGAAGUUGUUUGCAGACAGGUGUUUUCUCCUUGGGCCUAGGAAUGAAGUUUACAAAGCUGUGGUCAAUAUUUUUGCCCUGUUUUGUUUUUUUGGACAGCUUGUCUUCUGUUUUUUGUCUCUUAAAAACAUCCCAGUAAAGGUAAGGAAUGUGAUAAUUGCAUGUACAAUGAAGGCUGAAAUAUACUCAUGCAAUUCUUUUUCUUCUUCAGGUGGCCUUUCUAAUGUUGUCAAAACAGACUAUUUUUCCAACUUUGCUACAACUAUUAUCUCAAGAGUGAAUGAUUUUGAAGUCAUUGAUAACUACAUGUUUUCUACAAAUUCGGUAUGUACAUUGUAACUCUUUCAAAAUGCUUUCCUACUAUGUUUGAUCUUAAACAUCACAUUCGCAUGACCAACAUGUACACUGUACUGUGCCUUUUUGUAGGCACACAUGCAGUGUUCUCACCAGGAUUUUGCCUUGGGGAGUCCCAGGGCCCCCUCUUCUGAGAAAUAGGGGCCCUGUAAGAACAUUAGGGGGACAAAGUUACAAAAAACACGCGUUUCGAAGAACCUGAGCCCGCACUCCAAAUUGUCUGUUACAUGAAGUACCUACCUGAUCCAAUAUGGCGGAAGAGGUGUUUACGAUUCGGAGGAGGAGUUUACGAUGUAGUGGGACGUGCGUGGGACCAAUGAAAGUAAAGGCAACAAAAUUAAAGACUUUGACUUAUUUGAUAUCAUGUUUUUUAUUUAUUCAAACAAACAGAAUGCUUUAGUGUUAGGGUGACCAUUAAAACUACUUAAGUCCGUUUGACUCGUAGCUUGCCCUUGCGCCCUAACGGGCGCAUCUUCUUGGUUUUAAUGCGCCAUUUCAGUUUUUUCUUGCGGGAAUCCCGCAAGGCCGCGGCCUGGUGAGAACACUGCACAUGUACAUGUAACAUGUGUUUUACAAGGUGGUAAAGAAGCUGGAUAUCUGUUUCUUGUACUCUUGAUCUUUGCCUUUGUUUAUAAAGAAUGUUGAAUACCUGAUUUGUCCAUUAUAAAUUACAUGUUAGAUAUCUGUUAUUAACUAUGUACAAUAACAAUAACAAUGUUAUACCUUUUUCCAUGGCAAAUUUAGUCUUGUAAGUCCUAAUGAUUAUAUUAUCAUCUAAUUUAUUUCAGUGGAUAAUUACAUGUACAGUUAUUUGUUUAGAUCAUUGUCUCAAUUAUUUUCUCAGCAGUUUGAAAUAGUGUGUUCUUAUUAAAAAUACUUUUAUAUUUCCCUCAAUCUUCAAGUCCUCAUCACCAGGUGGAUCUGUUACCUUGAUGGUGUCAUUAAAUCGUUCAUCAUUCCGGCCAGCUCAAAUUCCUACAAACGCUCCAACAAAGGUUUGGAAUUUUAAGACAUAAAGUUUAAGAUAUUUUGUAGUUUGAUGAAUUUCUACAAGAAAAAGGUCUUUAAAAAUUUACAUCCAUGUACAUGUGUACAUGUUUUUAUAUGUUCUGUUAAUUCAGAAUGGAAUGAUAUAAUUUUAAUAUUAUUGUAUAUUAUUGUAAUAUUAUAUUAUUAUGUUAGGAUUAUCAUUAUUAUUAUCAUUAUUGUUGUUGUUAUUAUUUAUGAUCUCAUUAAACAUUCAUACCCCUCCCCAUGGGAGAGCUUUGAACAUUUUGUGGUGGAGAGGGACUGUAAAAGCAAACUGUCUUAAUUUGUAACUUAUAGCUUGAGAUUGAAGUGAUGCACAUGUAAACAAGAAUAAUUAUGCUUAUGGAUCAGUGGGGGAGGGGAAGCUACACUUUGAUAGGAAAUCUAUGAAUAUUAAAAAAAUUCUGGAAUAUUACACUUAAAUCACCCUACACUGUGUAGUUGAUAAGAUGAAUUUUGAACCCCAACAAAGCUCUUUGUGUAUCUUUUUGUAAGUGUCAAUUUUACCACCAUGAUCAAGCGCAAUUAUUAGGAUAUGUCAAGAAAACCAUCCUGGGGCAACUGAUCCGUUAUUCAGUAAAUCACUUCCAUGAAGUAAUUCUUUGUAAGUGGGUCAGUACGGUGUAAAAGAUUUGGGAUCACUUCCAACAAAUUGUCAUUAUAUUGCAUAUAAUAAUUAUAUGCAAUGAUAUUAUAUAACAUGAACAGCUGGCUUUUGUAACCAACUUCUUAUCCAUACUACAGCUGUGCUACCAUAAUAAUUUUUGUACAAACGUACGUGUUUAUGGUUCUUUCAUUUGCAGGAUUUUUAUGUUGCUGAUGCAUCAGAGAACCAAGUAUUUCUUGCAGUUGCUCACAGUGCAAGGACAACACACCUGUAUAUCUCAGACACGUCUGGAACAAAGUACAGCUUGUCUAUGGAAAGAGUGCUCUACUUCUCACAAAACACCACUUCUGCUUGGCUCAGGUGACAAAUGAUAACACUUCACAUAUAUGUUUUUAAAAAACUGAAAUGGUUCUCUUCACUUUUAACUUAUAUAGUAAUAAACGUUUGUGCAGGCUUUCCCCUCCUUCCCUGUCUAACAUUACUGUUCUCCCUUCCUCAAUGACUAGACUUGGUUACACUUACCGUAGUGUCCUAAAUCAUUCUGAUGUUGUACCAUCUAGUUUUCUUCCCUUGUUUCUAUCUUCAUGUGCAUAGAUUGUCACAUUUUUCACCACUAUGUACAUUGUACACACCUCCACCUUAGGUUGUUGGGUUGUGGCGGAAAAAACACUGUAUCAAUAUAUUCAGUCGCAUCUUAGAGAAUAUUAUCAUUUAGUAAAAUUAUUGUAUUUUUUUUGUGGAUGUGUUGCGCUGUACAUUUAAAUUUUGAUUUUAUGUGAUAACUCUGUAUAUACAUGUACAAGUAACAAAGUGCAAACAAUUUGUAAGUGGAUGCGCACCUCAAAAGACUGAAAGUGAGUAAAAAACUGUGUAGCCCAAGAAAAUAAUAAGGUCUUCACCUUUUUGCAUUUCUGUUUUUGUUUUUUAACUGGGCUCCAUUGUAGAGGAAACAGAUUUUGAUCAGCUUUGGUUAUUUUUUUUUAAUGUGCCAGGCGUUACAUAGAUGACACAUUUGUAGACCUUCACAAGGUGCAAGGAAUGAGAGGGGUGUACAUUGCAACACAGCUCACAGAUGGUCGAGUAGGGAGAAGGCAUCUUAUGACCAAGAUAACAUUCGACAAGGGUGGGGUGUGGCAGCCAGUGGCAGCUCCUGAGAGGGAUAACAAUGGAAAACUACUAAACUGCAGUCUGGUAAGGUGAUCUGUUGAUCAUGGAAGAUUAAGGUGCAACGUUAUGAGGUGGAGGGGAUUAUUUUGACUGCCGCCUGGUUAGCUCGGUUGGGAGAAUGCCAGUCUGCUGAGUGGGAGUUUGUGGGUUUAAACCCUGGCCAGACCAACACUCAGAGUCUUUAAAUAACUGCGAAGAAAGUGCUGCCUUUUUAAUGACAUCUGCAAAUGCUUAGACUUUGUAGUCUUCUUGGAUAAGGAUGAAACGCCAUAGGCAUCUGGUCCUGUCUCACAUUACUUUCACUUACCUGGUUCUCGUGGGACAUAGAAGAACCCACACCACUGUUCAAAAAGAGUAGACCCCAUUAGUUUGGCCUGCAACCUUUCCUGGGCUGGGUAGGUUAUCUGUAAUGGAGAGAUCUUAAUUGUGGGCUCCUCUUGUCGCUGCAAUCCUAAUCUGCCAGUUUUUAAUCAUGCAUGUGUCGCAUGUAUGUAGCCAGCAUACAUUGGACUUCCACUAAGAAUGAAUGGAAUAUGCAGAACGAAAUUUGAUCUUGCGCAUUUCGACCUUCUAUCAUUUGUAAUCUGAUAACAUGCAUUUUGACCAUCUGUCAUGUGAAACCUACACAAUGCACAGCAUUUUGACCUUUGGUUAGUUUUAGUAUAGAGAUAACCUCAUAUUCCUCCUCCAGGUGUCAUAAUGGCUACUUGUAAACUGUGCAUGUGUGUUGCACAUUUUACUGCUCAUGCGAGCAACUUGCCACAUGACAGAUUCACUUCUUUGAAGUUGCAGCAACAUUGAUAUCAAGAUCUAAGGCAGCCUUGUACUUUCCACUGCUUUCAGUUUGAUUUCUAUACAGUAUUAAUACUCUUGCAGAAAAUGUAGCUUAAAUGUAAUUUAGGUAAAGUCAAACUCAAGACAUGCUGGCCAGUCAGUAGCUGAGACCUGUUUCUCAAUACUUUUGGUACCUUUUUGGUCCUCAAGGCAAAUUUUAAGAUCAAAACCUAAAGAACAGUGGUGUGCAUCCUGGCUCAUUAUUUACAAUGUAAUUUUCUAAUAAUGAGUACAUUUAUUAUUUUGUUUCAGCCGGGCUGCUCUUUACAUUUGUCUCAAAAAUUUGGAUCAUACUACCCUCGAACCCACUUCUCUCCAAUGAAAUCUUGGAGUUCAGCUCCUGGAAUUAUCAUGGCAAUAGGUAAAUCAAAAUGUCUGUAACUUAUUGUUUAAUAUAGUUGUGCCAUACAGCCAAAUGUAGAUUUUUUCACUGAUGUGAUUGGUGACCAAUGGGGGCAUCACACACAAUUAUUUUUGUAAAUUUUAGUUAGUAUUGUAAUUAGUAUUAAGUUGAGUGUUGUAAUUAGUUAAAUGUAAUGCUUGAAAGUAAUAAUUGUUCCUGAAAUGCCCCUUUGGGGAGAAAACAACAAAGUGUGUACCUUAUUAUAGGAAAUUAAAGCUCCAUGAAAUUAACGCGAAUCGUUAAAAUUUGCGUUAAUUUAAGUCGCGUUAAUUUUGUUGAGCAUUAAUUUCCGCGACGUUAAUUAAGUGCAUCGUUAAUUUCCGCGCUCUUAAUUUCCAGUAUUUUAACCCCAGUUUUGGAACCUGUCCAGACAUUCUUGACACCUAAAAAACAUUAACUACAAGCUUUCUUUCCAUUUACCCUUUAUUUUUCAUCUUUCACAAAAGCUAAGGCGAAGGUUUCCAAUAUUUCGUGUUCAUCUUCAUCGUUGUCGCGGUCAGAAGUGACGUCAGCUCAGUUUUGUUCAGUUUUGAAUUUUUUUGCAUCCAGUGUUGAAAUAAUUUUUUUCCAGUUGUCACCACCGUGUCUUAAUCACAUUAAUUUCCUUUAUUACGAAAUUCUACCUCCUCUUUCGCGUUAAUUUUCUUUAUUCGAAAGCCGUUUUCCAUGAAAUUCGCGUUAAUUCAAGUCGCGUUAAUUUCCAAUACCUUAAUUUCAUGGAGCGUUAAUUUCCUAUAAUAAGGUAUGUAUGUGUUUAUACACCCUGUAGUUACAACAGUUGAUGUUGUUAACACACCAUUAGCAUUAUUCAAUUGUGAACGGCAUUCAAUGUUGUUUUUACCAGGCAGUUAUGGUGUUAACCUGAAGAUCAGCGGUGAUGUGUUCCUUUCUAGUGAUGCAGGAAUGAGCUGGCAUAUGGUUGGUCUCUUAAACAUACUCUGCCAACAGUUGCCUAAGAGGAGCGGAGGGAAAAGAAAAUCGAUGAGUGAAAUAAGCCAAGCGUGGCUGCAGGAGAAAAACAGGCGGGGGAACCUGUAGACUUUGUCUUGAUGCUGCCUGAAUCCAUGAUACCAGAUUCUGAUGUCAUGAUCUGAUUGGUCAGGUAGCUGACUGUUGACUUAUUCCGCCAAAAAUUCCCAUGUGCACAUGAAUGUUAUUGAAGCCAAUGCAUUCAAGUGUGAAAAAAAAAUCACUAUUUGACAAUUCUAAUUUCCUUAUUGACAUUACAGGAUAAUUGCAAGUGGGCAGAUGGGCAGCAUCAAAAUAAAGUCUUCAGGCUCCCCCACCUUUUUUCCUCCCUCCCUUCACUCGCCGAUUUCCUUUUCGCCCUGCUCCACCUUGGAGCCUGUUUGGAGGCUACUUAACCAUUAUGAUUUUUUAGUAGAGCUUUCGAUUAGAAUACCCUGGGUAAUAAAAUUUGGUUUCUAUACAUUCAAGAAAUUUUGGUUUUGACAAAAAUCAUCCAUCCGUUGGUCCGUACAUCCACCCCUUCCUUUUAGUAGAUGUGAAAUGACAAACUUACUAGCUUGAAGUCCAAAGUAUAUACAAUCUGUGUUUAUCUUGAUAUUGGAAAACUAUGUUAUGGUCAAUUGACAGCCGUCAAAAUAGGGUAUCCACUGACCAGUAUAACAUGGGCUCAGGUGUACAACUCAUUGAGGUGACUUGUUUUUUUAAAGUUCUCCGCCGACCAGUUAUUGGUUUUUAGUUGAUCACAGGCCAACGAUUUUAAAAGUGCAAGCAGGUUAACAUUUAUUUGGAAGUCUUACAACAAAAUUCUUAAAGGGUGAGAGAAAUUUGUGAUUCUGGUUAAUCCUCUCAGAUUCUACAACAGCCUUGGUGGUGGUACAACAUCGGAGAUCACGGUGGUGUGUUUAUAGCUGUUCCAAGAUCCAGGCUCACAAACCUGAUUUAGUAAGUCACAGUACAUAUAUGUAGCUAUAACCAAUUUAGGAAACCUCCACACGUAUCUGUUGAAAAUGGUCACCGAAAAGUAACAGCGCAUCAUUUCAAAAGUACUCUCCAGAGUGGAAAUGUUUGCAAAUGCCAUUUUGCUGUACUCUUGUGGUUGGAUGAAUUGGAGGUGUUUUGAAAAUGAUUGCAUCACUGUGUUGGGUACCAGUAAAUGCGCAUGCUCCUUUCAAAGGUGGUACCAUUUUCAAACCAUUUUCAGUCACCAUUACGUUUUCGUGUGGGCGGGCAAAAACCAUUCAAAAAUGCAACGUGUGGAAGCAGAUCUUUUUGAAAACAGAGGAAAAAUAUCUCCGUUUUCAGACAAAAACAGAUACCUGUGGACGGGGCCAUAGGGCCUGUUUACGUGAAGUUGGGGGGGGGAGAGACCCCAGGUAGGUGAGGUAACCUACCUGUCCAUAUAUUCUCUCAUUUUAAUUUAAUUACGUUUACAUGAUAGGUGGGGUGACCCGCCACAUGUUACCUCACCUAUCUGGGUCUCCCACCUCCAUGUAAACAGGCCCUUAGUCUCACGUAGUUGGCAGCUACAAUAUAUGUAUGUAAAUUUUUUGGAACAAAAGAAAGCUUUUACAGGAUUGGUUUGGGGCACCAACAUGGUCCCUGUUUUAUUGUUUUGCAGUGGAACAACUAUAUACCAGACAUGACGUUAUCUGAAACCCUCUAGAGGAAAGAUUAUAAGCUCUUCACAAAAAAAUUUUUUAGUCAGAAUCAGAUAAGAAAGCAGGAGAAAAAUAGAGUUUUUUGUUUCAUCAUCCAAGAAGAAUUUGACUUGUACAUUGAUAUCAGUGAAUCUUUGCAAUUACUACAAAUGUACUUUUGCAAGGUAAUUAGCAGAUCAUGGUUUCACACACAUGCAAAAAAAUGCAUGUUUUAUUUUUGCAAAAUGAAGGUUUCCCUUAAUAUUGUUUUUUCAAAAUAAAUCACGAAAGUUUAUUAAUAAUCGCUGCUUAUUUUAAAUCAAUUGAGAGUCUUUUUUUCUCACUUGCACAGUCAUUGUUGAAUAUGAGAUGAUUAUUGUUAACUCAUAAUCAACACACGCUUGUGAAGUAUUUUUUGUUGAAAUAAUGAUAAUCCUGAGAAGACAUCACGUCGGCUACAUGUAUUGGUUUAAACUCUUUGUUCUCUUGUGAUGUUUAGUUACAGCUGGAACGAGGGUGAGACGUGGAUGACGUACAAGUUCCUGAACAACACUAGAAUGUAUGUUUAUGGUCUGCUGACCGAGUAUGGAGAGCAGACGGCAAAUUUCACAAUUUUUGGAUCAUAUCCUGGUUACCAUAAGUGGGUUGUUGUGCAAAUGGAUUUGAGGAAAGUCUUAGGUAAGUUAAAAAUGAAAAUGUUGAGUACAAGUUAUUAUUGGCAAUUUGUUUAAAUUAUGUCAAAUGGUUUAAGAAGAUGUAUACAGAUGAAUUUAUGGAAGCCUUGGCUCUGCUCUACUUGCACCCGGCGGACUUUUGCCCUUUGGCGACAAGGAAAUCUUACAUUUGCACAAGGCUUGUAAGUCUUUUGGUCGCCUUGGAUUGUAAUGGGCAUUUUGAGGCUGUACUUGAAAGCGAAGGGGUGAUGUGUUGAAUUCUUUGAGACUGUUUUGGAACGCUAUCACUUUUGUCUUUGGCUAUUCAAAAAUUAGCACAGCAAAAGGGGGCAAAACGGUUGUGGUUAACGUUACAAUCAUCAAACCAGAAACAAACGUUAAUGUAUGGCAUACUUUCAUGCGGGUCUCGUAACGGAUACCUCACGAAAGAGGCGUGUCUCCUUCUCGCGCGCCCGUUUUUUCUUGUGCCCACUACUUCCAAGCGCCUGCUACGCAGGCUAGGGAAACGCACCAUCGGUGUCCUGUCUUCCAAGCAGCCAAUACAUGACCCACGCUUAGUGCCGGUCCUAAAGGUGUCCGUCUUAGACAGAGGAAGUUGACUGUGUCUGUGUUCGUGCCACUAUUGACUGUGAACGUUUAUGGCGAAGAUAAUGGUUUUAAACAGGUUUUCUCAUCUCAACUAACUUUACUUAACUUUAACCAUUACAUUGUAUUGAUAACGUGUAGGUGCUCCUUGUAAGAAAGAUGAUUAUAAACAGUGGAUUCCGUCUGAUGAACAAAAUAACACUUGCCUGUUGGGAAGGAAGAUGGUUUAUGAGCGGAGAAUUGCUCACGCUCAUUGCUACAAUGGCUAUAAUUACGAUCGACCGAUUAGACAGCAGAAUUGCCUGUGUGACCGGGAGGACUUUGAAUGGUAAUGGUGACUCUUAGUUUUGUUGCAAACGUCGUGCUACUCCCGUGCCGCAAUUGAUAGAAUUUGGCACGGCAGUGGCCCGACGUUUGAAAUCAUUCAGUUCAGCAACUUAAAUUUAGUUAAUUUAUGGCAAUUAAAUUCGACAGAGUCUUCCGUGCUACACGGCAGUGGCACGGCUGGGUUUCAAACGUCGUGCUAUUGCCGUGCCGGACUCAAUUCAUAAAUUAUGAAAAUGUAUAUGUGAAAGUGUUUUGACUCUACUGCGCUUCACUGCGACGUUUUUGUUUAUUUUAAAUUUGGCGCGACUGAAUUAAAUUCGUUGUUUGAAACCACUCCCGUGCUAUUGCCGUGCAACUGCCAGGUCACAUUCAUUUGAGUUCGACACGGCAGUAGCGCGACUUUUGAAACGGGCCUUAGUUACCAAAGUUUUUGAAACUACAGUUGGAAAUUACAGUCAAACUUCUCGUAAGCGACCACCUAAACUACGAAGAUUUAGUGGUCGCUUACGGGAGUUGGUGGCUGGCGAGAAUGGACCCACAGCGGGUUUGGGGCCCGUUUCUUGAAAGGCCUGGUAACUUUUCUGGUCUGAGGGCAAAUUUUAAAAUCAAAACCUAGCUAAACCUGUUGAAUAUUAGCACGGUUCCAAGCUCACAAACUGGUCAAUUUUGUUCGCUAACUGAUAAUUUCAUUCUAUCGUUUUCAAAAUUAUUGAAACUUUGAUCUUGAAUGCAAACACAGCAAACAUAAAACAGCUUUUCGGGCCCGAAAAGUUAUCAGGACUUUCGAGAAACGGGUCCCUGUCCCGAAAAGAGGUCUGAACACAUCUACAUUUUAGAACAGAAUUCAUAGCAUGCAAGUUACGAUAUGUGUAGAUCCUUAUUGUCGCUAAAAGAUUUUCUUUAAAACGGUAUAAUUCUUCGCAUACUCCGAGUAGUGUGGAACCUACAGUGCACAGGGCCGUUUUGUUUUUUUUUCACUUCAUUUUUUGUUUUAUUUUGUUUCCUAGUGACGUGGGCUACUACGAGGUUGACGGUAGUAAUGUGUGCACUUUUGACAAAUCCAGCGGUCUUACCCCAACCAGGAUGCCACCUAUAUGUCCUGCCGGCACAACUUAUCGUCGCACGAAAGGGUUUGUACAUCUUUAUUUGGUGAAGUUAUAAAAUUAGUGGGCAUUUUCUCAUGUGGACACAUAUAGGCCCCUGAGAUUCACCGUAUAAUCUGAUGGGGCGAUUUUCGCAUGAAACAAAAACAACAAACGAACGGAAAUAGAGCGAUUUGAUUGGUUUAUCGAACGGAUACAAACCCGUGUGGCUUUUGGUUGGUUAAGCGAACGCUCGGGUGAAAAACUUUAUGCCCGAGAACUCUCUAGAAAUCAAUCGAUACUUCGCUUUGACGUCUUACUGCAACAGGAUUGGCCAAUCGAACAAUGCCUUCUCCAUAUUAGGGUUUUCUUUGGCGGGAAAACAAAGAGGCCAUGUUGUGAUCUUUUCAUCCAUUGACUGAUAGAACACAUAACAAACUCUUAAUGAAACCAUUUUCAAGGUCAUACGAUAAUCGCUCUAAACUAUGUUGUCACACCGCUUGCUCAAUUCUUUAAUGGUUAACCCUUUAAGCCUCAAUACCCACAUACAAAUUCUCGAAACUGAUCUCCAUACAUCUCCUUUAAGAAUUAGUUAAGAGAAUUUGAUAGCAGAUCAAAGGAUUUUCUCUUUAGUGGUCAUUUCAUAAAUUCUCAUAACCUUAUUUCUUGACAAGGUAUGAAUAUUGUUGGGAGAAAAUUGAUGUUGGUGACCAUUGGGACUUAAGCGGUUAAUUCCAUAACGGAUCAUUAUACGUUCUGGGAAACUGCCCACCUACCCCUCCCCUAAGCCAACAUUUUGCCCCAAGUGAGAACUCAAUGUUAAUGUUGGCGCAGGGGAGGGGUAGGUGGGAAAUUUCCUAGAAACAUACCCAGCUGGGAGAGCAGCUAUGGUCUCAGACAGAAAUAGUCGGGACACUUCCACUGGACGCUGUUUUUUUUCCUUCUUCUUCUCCUUUUUCUCCCAAUGCCCGAUGUUGUUUAUCCCAGUUAACUCACCAACUCUUGAGCACCAACAUUUGGAGGGCGAGAAGACAGUAAAGUGUCCCAACAAUUUUGUCGAAGACUGUAGGUCGUAAAUUCUGCGUUGUUAACUUUCGCGAAACUUUUAUUCGCGCGAAUUUAGUUGCUCGGAAAUUCCGCAGAAAUAUUACGUAACAAAAAGGAAAGAGAGGUAUUAUGUUAUCAAAGGAAAUACGAGUUGUUUUUUUCUUUGUUUUCGUUUCUUUUAGGUAUCGCAAGGUUACCGGUGAUACUUGCCAAGGAGGAGACGAAGAUCUGUAUGAAGCAGAUAUGGUAUCCUGUCCAAUCAGACGUAAGGGAAAAUUGAAUUGACUAUGUCAAUAUUAAUUGCUCAUUUCAAGGUUAAUGACUAGUGUGAAUACUUUACUGGCAAAUAAACCUUCCAUUGGCUGAAGCAAAAAAAAAAUCUACCCGCCCGUAAGAGCUUGUAUUUGCCAGUGAAUCACGAGAAGCAAGUCUCUAACCCCUUUAACCUUCAGUGAGUUCUCUGUGAUGUUACGGAUACAAAUUCUAAAAGAACAGUAACGUCAGCUGGAAAAGCAAUAUUUUUUUGGUCUUAAUAGUGGCUUGAAUAUGCUUUCAAUUGAAGGAUUAUACAAAUGUAUGUUAAAUAACUUUGUAAGAAUGAAGUUGGCAUUGAGGGGGGGGGGGGGGGGGAAUGAAGUCUCUAGAAUAGUUGAACAGUAGAAUAGUUUGUUAUGCACUCCUAACACGUUCCAGUCAGCUUUCAGAAUUAUACCCAGAUAAGCAAGUUUACACAUCAGUAAAUCUCGGUAUAACGGAACUGUAUUCUGAUUUCUUGUUUGGAGGUUUCUGAAUUACAUGUAUUAUUGUAUUUUAAAACUUCGGCAUGAGGGAAAUGGCCCCGAGGAACCUGGUAUUCAAAUAUUCUCGAAGUCCGUGUAAGGCUCAUAGGAGUCGUGUUAUUGGGUUCAUUAACGUUUUUUGAGUGGCCAGUUGCUAGUCUCCGACCAAAUUGUUGGUAAAUCCCUGUAAACAGAAAACCGUUAUAAAGAGGCUAAUCCCUCUCCGAAGGGUAACCGCUUUAGAGAGGGUCCACUUUGGGUAAAACAAAUGUCUUUUUACUUUCAGCACUUCCUGAGUUUUUACUGUAUGCUGCACGUACCUACAUCAAACGAAUUACACUGGGAGAUCACAGAGAAACUACAAUUCCUCUUGGCAGUGGUCUGCGAAAUGCCAUUGCAUUAGACUUUGAUUACGCACAUGACUGCAUCUACUGGGCUGAUAUCACUCUGGAUACCAUCAAACGCUCAUACUUGAAUGGAUCAGGUAGGUACCAAAAAGCUACGUGCAAACAGUCGCAACAACUCCCAACAUGGCUGGGCCAACAAUGUCAGGAGUUGUUGCGUCCGUGUUGGCAGUGGUGUGCAAACGGAUGCAACAACUCCCAGCAGUUUUGGCACCUGCAGUGCAUCGUGGGAAGGAUACAACCCAGAAGGCUUUGGAGACCGUGUGUAAUGCGCGUGCUAGACCCUAACAAUGUUGGAAGAGCUGUUCAAACGGAUCCAACAUCGUUGCGCUACGCUUCGGCGAUCACGGCACAAAAGAAAUAUUGGGAGUUGGGUUAAAAGUUUGACCGGUUUCAAACUUUUAACAACGCGCAACAACAUGUAACAGGGUGUGUAAACGGAGGCAACAUGUCAGUAACAUCCAACAAUGUUUGGAAUGGUUGGCCAACAAUGUUGCGUCCAUUUACACUGGGCUUGGUAAUGCAACACCAAAGAAUGUUCAUGCUUUCCGGAUCGAAUUGCAUUCUGUAAGUCUUGGUUUUUAAGAAGAAGGCGAGAAGUAACUGGAUUAACUCUCUCAGCAAGGAAGAACAAUCUCAAACCGCAUAUUUUGUCGACACGGGUUACCAGAUCGGAAUGAAUUUUGGAAGUGUUGGUUUUUGAAGAGACACGUGCUGCCCAGGCUCGGUGUCCAAGCACGGUACUCGCUGGGAACUAGUGUGAACACGCUCUUUUUUCACGCCCGAAUGUGGGCAGCGAGACCUUGUACUCGGGCACUAACGUUGGCAAUGGGUCCCUGUGUACACACCGACUUGUUACAUGUAGUUCCUGGGCAAUCCACCGCUUUGUAGUCCCUGGUAUGCUCACGUUUCAAAAUAGCGGCUGGCAGGGUGAAAGUGAGUUACUAUGUGCACAGUUACAGAUCGGGUACUCAUGGUGUGAACACAAAGCCUUUUUGUACUGGAAUCCAGGCACUAUUCACGUUCCAUCUGAAUUGUAAAUAUCAUCCCUGGGGAUUAAUUAAUGAUAUGCAAAUGAGUAUAGAUAAUAGGAAACACUGGCACUCAUUGUCCCAUUCACUUCACUUUGCCUGACACAAAGGUGAUUGGCGACCCACCCACUCUCCCCAGUCUGGUUCCAGAUUUCAAUCUGUCUUGGGCUUCGUCCAGGUCAGAUUGAUUCCCCAUACCUUAUUAUAAUGUCAUGAAUAACAAUGCCCAGGGAUGAAUAUUAUACUAGUGCUCGGGUGCCAAGUGUGGAUAGCCCCUAAGCAGACGUCCUUUUGGUUCGUCACAUUCGUUAUCAUGAUCAUCAUUUAUCAUCAUCAUCAUCAUCAUCAUCGUCAUCAUCAUCAUUAUUAUUAUUAUUUGCAGGAAUAAUUGAAACCCUUCACGGUGGCAUACAGCAGGUGGAAGGUCUGGCAUUGGAUUGGCUGGGUGAUAAUAUUUACUGGGUUGAUGCUGGUGCUAAGAAGAUAGAAGUCUCUAGGACAGAUGGGCGUUUCCGCAAAUCUCUCAUCACCCGUAAUCUUGAUCGACCUAGGGCAAUUGUUUUGAAUCCUAAGGCAGGGUAAGGAUUAUGUAGUGAAAAAAUUUCUGAAAUGACGCUAACUCAAGUCGUCACUGCCGUCAGGGGUACCCAGCGACUGUUUUCUGUAAAAUAUCUGUUCGAAGAAGCAAGUAUUGCCUAGAAUUUUCUGUUGUUUGAGGAUGGCUAAAAAGUUCUAGAUAACCUUUCCAUUCAUGUACAAUUUUCAAAGCUUAUCUAAUAAAUUCCCUACCAUUUUCUGAAGUUUAAUUUUUCAUAUUUCACUCCCCAGAUUAGGCUAUUUUCGCGCAAAAAGGAAACCUAAAACUUUCGGAUUCGAAAAUGUGAUGGAGAUGCAAGGAAAACUCUCAUUUUAGUUAAACGUUAAAACGCACCCAAAAUUUUUGGGGGAAAUCAUCCUGAAGCCCUUGUAAUUUCGAAAAGGCUUAAGUUGCCCUGGGUUGACUGAAGAGAUACAAAUUUUAUAGCGCGUACUCUGGAUAGCCGAAAAAGUGUUUUCAGUGUAUUUCGGAGGAAACCGUUGUUGGGUGCCCCUGUGCCUUUGUCAUGGUGGUUGCUUAAUCUCCCACUGGUACGCCGAUGAACAAUUUCCGUUGUCACUUGUUGUCAGUUGUCAAUUAAACGGUCUUGCAAGUUGAUUGUUGUUCAGUACAUGCAUAUGUAUGUCCUUUUAACCUCUUCCCUCCCUACGCUAGCGCACAUACCGCCCUCACGGCUCAAUGAUAUUGACUUGCAGUGGCCAAAAACGGCAAUAUCCGUAAGUUUAGAUGCUUUGACAAGGAGAAUGUUCAACGUCUGUUGAUGAAAAGAUGUUCAACAGUAUAUCAUGUCAUGUUGAACACUGAAAUAGUAUAUCCAGCAUGGAGGAACGCUGUUAAACGGGAAUAGAGAUGCGCUCUAUUCCGCUCAACAAGUUGUGUCUUGUUGAAUAACAUCGCUCGCAAUUUAAUGUGUCUUAAAGCGACUAUAGGCAACUUAGAUGACAGUAGGCGAUCUUAGACGGCGUUAAGCGACCGAUUUUAGGCGAAUUUAGUCGAUUUUAGGAAACUUAAGACGAUCUUAAGCGACGUAGGCCUCCGUGUCUCGAACAGCAAGUGCUAAACGACACUGAAUCGUUUGUCAUUGGCUUGAGUGGUAAUCAAUGGUUAACUGAAAAAUUUCAAUGUAACAUUAGGUACAUGUAUUGGACUGACUGGGGAAACAACGCUCGUAUUGAGAGAGCAUAUAUGUCUGGAGUGGGGCGUCGUGCCAUUAUAUCAAGCUCAUUACAGUGGCCCAAUGGCUUGGCAAUCGAUUUUUCUGCGCAAAAGCUGUAUUGGACUGAUGCGGGGUUCGACAAAAUUGAAAGAAGCAACUUGGAUGGUAGUUAUCGACAGGUAUGCUUAUCUACAUGUGCUAUUAAAUUUUGGUUGUUAGGCCCGGUUCAGACGCCGAUCUUUUCAUGAGCCGAACCUAAUUCGAAUUAAGGCCGACCCAAAUUAUUUAGACCGGCUGAAUUGAUUCAGACGCCGAUCUUAAUUGCAGCUGAACUAAGUUCAAAAGGCGAAAAACGCUCAUUUCGGUCAAACUGCUUACAAAGUACGUUACAAUAAUUUAUGCAUUAGGUUCAGUACAUGAAAAGUUCGGCGUCUGAAUCAAAGCCGUUCCAAAGUCGCUCCAAAGGCGAAAAGAACGGCUGAGCCGUUCCACAUUGAAACAGGCGUUCCUAAUUGAUUCAGACGCCGAACUUUUCAUGUACUUAAUUUAAUGUAUUAGGUUCGCCUCAAGAAACGUUCGGCGUCUGAACCGGGCCUUAGGCGUUGAUAAUAAAGCUCUGAUCAGGAUUUUACUGAGGCCUCGGCAAAACGAUCAUACAUUUUCCUCCAACAUUGUAUUUGUUGUGCACCACAUGGGGUGGCUACACGACCAAAUGUUUUUGUGAUGCAAAAUGUAGAAUGAAAAGGGUUGAUCGUCGAAAGCCAUAUAAAUGCACUAUUGAGAAGGGCGGCCUUAACGAUAAAUCAUGCUCUUCUAACACGUUGUGGAUCAGGAUCAGUGAUCCGAGAUCACUCGGAUCAUGGUAGAUCAAAUGAACCAAUGAACCCUUUCCCGUGGUGGAUUCGUCGGUUCCUUUGAUGUGCAAUGAUCCGAGUGAUCCCGGAUCACUGGUGCAGAUCCGGAACAUUCCAAUGGAACGCACCUUUAUUUUAAACUUAAAUACUAGAUUAAACGGUUAUGGAUAGGUUGGCAGUUUCUUAGAAACUUAUAUGGAUUCUAACUCUAUCAUGCACUUCCUAGACAAGAAUUGCAAACUUUUGCUUUUGCAGGUAGUAACCAGGACAGGGCUACCCCACCCAUAUUCAAUAUCUGUGUAUGAACAAUCGAUGUACUGGGAUGACUGGUCGACACAGUCCAUACAAAAGGCUAACAAAAGAGACGGCAGUGCCCGGCAAACUAUCAAGUCCAAUGUACGGGGGUUAAUGGAUCUCAAAGUUUUUCAUCAAGAUGUUCAGACAGGUGGGUCAGUGGUUACGAUUUCGUUGCAGUUUUUAGACGCUUUCAGUGAUCAUUUUAAGUUCAGUUUAUUCACCCUUGUUCAAAGAAAAGUACAUAAAUACAAUAAUAACUAGAAAAGAAGGAAAUCAGAGCUAGUGUACAUGUUACAAUAAGUAUUGCAUUGGAAAAGUGUGUAGUGGCCAAAGGAGCAAAGCUUUCAGGUUGGCCGGCCACUAUCACUGUUUAGUUACUAAUGGGAGGCGGUUUCAUUUGCAAAACUAGUUAUAGAGCUGGUACAAUUUUGCUUUUCGAGCUCGUCAAAUCUUCUAUUCAAAUUAUGUAUGCCCUCUUUGAGCGAUUCGAACUCAUUGCGAAUUUCCAUUCUGAUGUUAGUAAGGAAUUCUUUUGCCCACAAUCUUUCAGCUUUUCUAAAGUUAAACUCAUUUCGAAGAUUUAUCUUCCAGUAUGGUCCUGUAUAGGUAAGGGCUGUUUAAUGUUUCGUGCAGGGAUGGUUUCUCGUGGAUCUUCCAUAGACAACUGCGUCCGUCAUUGCGGUUAAGUCAAUGAACAUACAAAGAAUUUCCAGCGGGCAUGUUCUUUUUGCCGUGAAAAAUAUAGCCCGCAGCACGAUUGACUUCCAAAGCGCUCAAAUUAUUGCUUUGAACAUAUCAGUGUAUCAUAUCAAAAUGUGUACUUUUGUGAUCUGUUAGUGUGAAGACAGUGGAAAAUUUUGGUCGAUUUGUUAGUUGGUUAGCACUUGAGAAUUUUUUGAUUACCAGGUAACAAUUCUUGCUCACGAUUGAAGCUGUGCCGUCAUAUCUGCUUUGCUGAGCCAACUGGCUAUACCUGCGCAUGUCCAGAUAACAUGAGAACAGUGACGUCAUCUUCUGGCAUGAUAACGUGUGAAUGCUCAGCUGGUGAAUAUAUGGCCGACAAUGGAGAGUGUAAAACACAUAGUGAGUAUACGUAAUACUAGAAAUACGUUUGUCGCGGAGCCUUGUGAGGCUCGGGGAAGGAAGGAAGGCCUGUGAAAUGUCAUGGAUGGGAGGGCGGGGAGAAAUAGAGUAAAUUGUGUAACUGGGCAGCGCGGAUUUCAACACCGGCUCUCAUGGUUCGUACAGUCUUGAAAAGGUCUUGAAAUUUUAGCACUUGCCUUGAAAAGUCCUUGAAUUCUGUUAAGGUCCUUGAAAAGUACUUUUUUUCUUUAUUAGGCCUUGAAAAGUCCUAGAAAUUCACUACCUUGUCUAAAAAUAUUUUUGUGCAUGAGCAAUAUCUUACUUCUGUUUCUUUAUUUUAAAUACUAUUUUAUGUACCUCAGAUGCAAUUGCAAGUCGUACCCAACCAUUUUUCAAAGUGUUGUUGCAGAAAGCAGUACAAAAUAAUGUGAUCAGCCAUGGCUGUAAAAAUCGUAAAUGACUCCAUGACGUGUUUUAGCCAAUAAGCCGUGUUCAAGAGGGGUUUAAAGAAUGCCGAUUUUUUGAAUAAAUCUUAGUCGUUGAAAACUGAAAUUAGUUUGUCUGUUGUUGUACGCCUCCUUGAGUUUGUCUGUUGUUGUACGCCUCCUUUUGGCUGAAGUAAAUUGAAUUAAAGGAUCUGGAAUCUAAAUGGGGUUGGUGCUGUUUAGGAAAAGCUUUAUUUUUCACUCAGUUUGUUGACAGUGAGUUCGCAGUGUUUUAAGAUAUGGACGUUAUGAGCCUCAUGGCGUAGGUGCCCCCUUACCUUUUACGAUGGAAGUAGUUACACUCUGAAAUAGGUCUCUUACCGACUAUAAUACGCUUUUUCUAGGUGGAACAUGUGGCCCACUUGAGUUCAAGUGUACUAAUAGUCGCUGUAUUCCAUCCCACUGGAAAUGUGAUCGUGACAAUGAUUGUGGAGAUAAUUCUGAUGAACAAAAUUGUCGUAAGUAACACAACUUCCUUCUAAGUUUGUUCUUUUGUGCCCGUCCAAAGCUGCGAAGGGAAUGGCUUAGAUUCAUCACCCUUUUUUGUCUCCUUGAGAAGGUGACAGACUUGCUUAUGAGGCAAAUUGCGAUAAAACCACACGUUGAUGGGUUGUUCUUACUGACUUCAGCCUAUCAAACAGCCUUUUUUACUACAUUUGAUAUGAUGAGUGAGUAAGAAGUGCAAGAGAGUAUAUUUGCGAUCUCAGUCGAUUCACGUGAAAAAGUUUUCCCCGACUGUGCUGCCAGGACUUCUUGUAACAAUCAACUCACAAUUAAGAGCAAAUUUCCUGCACCUUUUUCCUUUCUUCGGGACGAUUUUUGGCAUAUUUAAAUGUCAAGGGCGACCUUUGCCGAUAGUGGAUCAACGAGUGUAAGAAAGAUCAAUAUAACACGUAAAAAUUCGAGUCUUCGAGUGCGCGAAACGGUUGAGAGAAAAAACCUCCGGCUUAAUGCAAAUUUGAAGGGUUUGAGUGUGAUGUGACGUAUAUGUCGUUAUAGAUUACACGACUUGUGGUCCUACUCAGUUCCAGUGUGAUAAUGGACGAUGUAUAUAUGCCAGAUGGAAGUGUGACCAUGACGACGAUUGUCAUGAUAAUUCAGAUGAGAGGAACUGCUGUAAGUGCUUAUAGAUUUGCUUUACUUUGUACCGUGCCGUAUUCAUUAGCCACUUUAGAAAUUUGAAUUUUUUAUCUUUCACAAGGCCCCAUAAGCUGUAUUAGCUUUAAUUUUGACCGUGUUUACAUACGUUGUUGUUGUUGUUGAGAAGGAAACUAGGCCGAGUUUACUUUCGCAAUGACUUCUGGGACUUUAAGUGGAGACAGAAAUAACGAAAAAAAUCGGCCGAUACCGUUGGUUCCAUCUAAGCGUGUACACGAGACAAUAAAACAUGUUCUAAAAAGGUGCCAGACAUGACGUGUUUUGCCGCGAAACAUCUGAAUUUCGACAGUCGUUAAAGCAAACUGUCGCGCCAAAGGUAAGUUGUUUAUAUGUUUUUGAUCAGCGCUUUCCGCUCAUAUCUCGUUCUUCUCAACUUUCAGGCGUAUUUCUUGCUCAGAAACAGCACACUUGCCUCCCGAAAGUAUUCUUAACGUCUAAAAAUUCUUGCAAAGAAUAUUUUGUUGAGCGAAAACAAAUCAAGUCGACAACAGCCGGCUACUCCAAACUUCGAAUGUUUGGUGGCAAAACAUGUCAUGUUUGCGCCCAGUUAGAAUUUGUUUUUUCCUCACGUGUAUACGCUUAGAUGCAACCGACUGUAGCUGACCGGUGCGUCUCCAACAAAAGAAACAAGAAACAAUUACGGGACAUAUUUUGGCACCAGUUCUCUUCUUUAUUCUAAAGAUGUGAAUUGCCCUUGAUUUUCCAGGCAUUUGUUUGUUUGUUUGUUUGUUUGUUUGUUUUGACGGGUCAUAUUCACCGUUCCACAGAGGAAUGAACGGGAUCAAAAGUGACACCUAGCCCUAAUCACCACGUAGAAUUUUCAUUUAGAUGGAGUGGAAACUGUUUGGAUAAGUUGCCAGUGACGUUUCGAGCGUUUGCCUUUUGUCAGAGCAAAUCAAGGGAUUGAAAGUUAUGUGUGUUUGAAACUGCUGCAUUUUGAUUUGUUCGGCGUUCCUACACGCUGAGAAGCUACAGUCAUAGUCAAAGGCGUUGGAAAUGUAAAUUGCUUUUAUUAUACAUGUAAGAGGCUCGAUGACAACUGUAGCUAACCAAAAAAUAUUUUGCAGAAGUUGCAGCUCUUACAAGUCUUCAUGUGAGUGGUAGGGAAGACAGCGAACAAAGAUAACAAUGGGGCCUAGUCGUAAAACAAAAACUCUGCUAAGUAUAGACGUCAAAUGAAACUAGAGCUACAACUCCACUGCAAAUUUUAGAAAAGUGAAUAACACUGAAACACCUUCAUCAAAUAGCACUUCUCGUUAAUAACGUCUCAAUUUAAUCUGUGUCCGGGUUUGUCAUAGCGUGAGAAAACAGCCAACAUUUAGCGACGCCAGCCCUGGUUUCCCUGCGAAAUUACGUCUGAUAAACGAGCUCAGAAAUUCCGUACUUUUGACGUGUCACUGCCAGGUCUGGGUAGUGCGUCUCAGCCAAUCAGAAUCACAACCCAGAUCUAGGGUUGUGUUGCGUCAUCAGUAUAGAAUUUCUGUGCUCGUUCCUCAGACGUCAUUUCGCAGGGAAACCACCCCGGUGGCGUCGCAAAAUGUCGGCUGUUUUCUCACGUUAGGUUUGUGAUAAAGCGAAUUGACUGGAUUAAUUGAUUCCGUUUUCUAGCCUAUCCCACCUGCCGUUCAAAUCAGUUUACCUGCGCUAACAAGCGCUGUAUUCCAAGGCGAUGGGUCUGUGAUUUUGACAAUGAUUGCCGCGAUGGAUCGGAUGAACAAGGGUGUACUCCAUGUAUGUAUGCAGUCCGUAUUUCCUUUUUGCAACCACUUUUUUCCUGUGCGUUUGCACAAUAGGCUUAGUAGGAGAGAAAGGCAUUGAAUGAUAGGAGAUUAGUUAAGAGCAAAUGUCAGACCAGGCGACAAAGAAACUCAGGGAGCCUCAGUGUUUUGAACUUAUGCUGAAUUGAAAUGAUCUAUCUGUGUGGCUGUGUCUCUCAUUGGUUUAUUCGGAUGGGAUUUGCCCCAGCAGGAAAGACAGCUCCUCCUUUCGAUCUCAAGUUUUCCUAACAGGAGUGGAAUGUGUAACCUUCGUUUUGCGGAUCAUUUGACGUUUCUGGGAAACUGCCCACCUGCCCCUCCCCAAAGCCAACAUUGGCACUUACUUAUCACUUAGGGCAAAAUGCUGGCUUAGGGGAGGGGUAGGUGGGCAGCUUCCCAGAAACGUAAAAUUAUCCCGUUUUGCUUACUUGUCAAGAUGCUCUACCACUGAACAACAGGAGACUUAUGGGAGCCAAGGUGAUAAAACUGGAGGUCCAUAUGGGAGACAUCCCUCUUGCUGCUCGAACUGGAAUGUCGACAGGCGGCUUCAGUAUUUUCAGUGAUAUAAAGAAGAUUGUGAAGUUUUAAAACCUGUCGUGUUUAUGAAAUGAUGCCUAUUUUUUCGCGGCCGAAUUAGCUCUGUCAGUAGAGCUCUAAACUGCAGAGGGGGAUGUUGCGGGACCGGAGAAUGCUCGGGGCCUUAAAAUAACUGAAAAAUGAAAAUACUGCCUUUGCACUGUAAAUUGCUAGACCUUCGCGUCCUUAGCGUGCGAGCAAGCUUUCCGGGGGGCUAUGGCGGCCGGGCGGGAAAAGAAGGAGAGCCUGCAACUUCGUCUCUGGAAUUUGAAUAUCUGCAUCGAAAAACUCGAUGCGAAAUGCCGAUUGGCGGAGGUGAUAUUGGUAAUGACGUCAUUACCCUUGGUUCGUGUUUUUCAAUGUUUGUUUACAUUCGCGCUCGUUUUCGCUUUGCUCUGAUAAGCGGAAAAUCUGACACCUCAGUCGACGGGGAGCCACAGGGGAAUUGGAGGUGGAAUUCAAAUUCCAGAGACGUAGUUGCAAGCUCUCCUUCGUUUUCCCGCCCCACCCUCAGAGUCCCCCGGAGAGUUCACUCGCAGUCAAAAGCGUGGUUCGAAUGACCUCGUAACUAGGCCAUUUCCGAGUUUCCCGUUGCCCUGUGUUUCAAAGUGAGGCUAAGUGCAAAGCUAUGGAUUAGAAAAUGAUUAUUCUCAUGUAAAUAAAACUCACUGUCACAAGAAAGGUUUUGCUCUUAGCCCCGUGUUUGAAAAUGAGUUUUUGGAACUCAGAAAUGGCCUAAUUGACUGCCCCGUCUCCAGUAGUAGACCCAGAAAUAGUGUAUGCAAUACUUUCGUGCUUAAUAGCAGUGUGACACUCAAAUAGAGUGCGUUUUUUUUGUCCAAUCCUUGCUAUUGUUGUCGCUCUUUAUAACGUUUUACUUCUCACCUUAGCACCAACCCCGACAGUGAAGCUACCCAACUGUUCAUCAACCCAGUUCAGCUGUCACAAUGGUCUGUGCAUUCCACAAAGUUGGUUCUGUGAUGGGGAUCAAGAUUGUGGAGACGGAAGUGAUGAGCCCUCAAACUGCAGUAUGUUGAAACUUCUUUUUUCUUUCGUGUAUUAGGGACCAUAAGAUACACUUUUAAGGGAAGGCUACUCGUACCCAUAACCGUAAGUAUGGGCAACAAUUCCAUUACCACACUCUUGUGAGUGGAGGUUUCUUUCUGGCAUAUGCGGAGUCGUUCGCGUCGCUGUUGUUUGAGUAGUUGGCUUGAUUUCGCCAAACAAACCAACCACGAGUAUGACAGCGACGCGAACGACUCCGCCUGAGAUGGAUGCAGAUUUGAAGCAGCUGGCUGGCUCUUGGCCUUGGUCGUUGGAAAUUGCCGGACACUAGAGCAUACAGAACUCACUGCAAUGCUCUGCUUGAGUGACCACAGUUUGCCAGUGCGCAAGCCCCCCUUAACCUUCAUUGAAUCAGCUAUAAAUCUUGCUUUCUUUUUUAAUCAAUAAUUUAGCUACGUCAUAGUUGUUUUUGCUCUCCGCCGCCUUCUCUUGCAUGAUUUCAUUCUUUCGCUAUAGAUAUAUAUAUAGAGGAUAUUACACGGUGGCGCGAAGAUAUGAAUUUUAUUUUCGACGAACGAGCGCAGCGAGUGAGUAAAAUAUUGUUUUUGCCACGAGAAAAUAAAGUUCAUAUUUUCAAGUCGCUGUGCAAUGUUCUUUUUAUUAUAUAGACAAAACGACAUCGAUAAAAUAAUAGAGGGAAAUGACCGAAAUUACGUCAUCGAUAAAUUCACGUGUGAGAUAUAUGGAAAAUAAACCACUCGGGUCCCGGAUGUAGUUUUUAUGAAUUUUACGAGUGGUAUAUUUUCCAGUAAAACACUCGUGUCUAUAUAAUAAACAUAUAUAUAUAUUUUUUCAUCACUGGACGGUUGAUGUCUUCGCGGUCUGUCAGCCAUUCCAUGGUUGAUCGCUUAAUGCAUGUUUGACUGGUAUGUUUAUUUUUAAGCGAGACCAUGCUCCCAGUUUAAUUGUACAAAUGGACGAUGCAUUCCUAAGAGUUGGCAGUGUGAUAAAGAAGAUGACUGCGGUGACAACUCGGAUGAACUUGGAUGUCCGAGUAAGUCUCAAGUCUUCAAUCUUUUCCUCGUAAGAUGCAGGCAAAUCCGGAUUCCGGGAUCCGGGAAUUUUUCCUCAUGGAAUCCGGAAUCCUGGACUUUGGAAUCCAGAAUCCAAGUUCCAGGGACAAUGACUGGAAUCCAGUACCUGGAAUCCACGGUGUAGAAUCUAGAAUCCAAGACUGUCUUGGGUUCCCCUACGUGGGGCGAUUUACCCGUGGUUAUUUUCGCUAGGGAACUUGAGCACCAGACGUUCUUGAUUCACGAACCGCAUGGCUGGCCGCGCAGAACUGAAUCGGGGACGCGGUUUACGUGCCAAAUGCAAAUCAUUAAGCAAACCAACGUGAAACCAUCACGAACGCGGAUAGAAUAAUUCAGUUGAAAAUGUCUUUCAAAGAUUCUACUACGCUUUUAAAGUUCUAACAUAACAAAAGAACAUACAAUGAUUGGAAACUGUUAUAUUGGACAUCAAAUAUGAAAAAUUUUAACUGUGUUCAUACUCACGUUUCUGAACCUCUGGUUUCAACCUGAGAACUCGCGUUUUGAAGUUCGUGUCUGCAGCCCAAGAACGUCUUGACAUGCGCAGUGGCUGUCAUGCUGCAAAAAUUCUUCCCGUUGGCGUCCGUGGUACCAAGAACGUCUGUUGCUUAAGUUCGCUACUAGUAAGUUUAAACUGGCCAUAGCGCGGGUAAAUGGCUAGUCUGAGUCACAACUGCACAGCAUGAAGGAACUUUGAAAUUCCCAAGAGUGACCAGCAUCAGUUUUCUCCCAACAAUAUGAGUACGUAGUAAAGGGAGAAGGUUAUGAGAAAUGAUUACCUAAGGUAAAAACGUGACUAAUACAGAGAACUUGCUUUCUUUCAAACUUUACCGCAUUCAUUCUUGUUCUUGUAAAUGAAUACAUGAUCAAUGUGUAAAUAUAUUUUUAUGUGUGGCAUGUCUGUAAAGUAGCUAUUUAGCAGAUUCUACUAAAAUUGAAUCCCUUAAUACCACAUUCAAGCACUAAAAGGGAAGAAAAAAUCCCUGUUGUGCGUUACUUCCUCCACAAAAUUUGACCUCGUAGAUGAGCUGCGUGGCUUAGAAAUGUCCCAAAACGUUGGAUGCUGUUGAUGUUGUUGUUGUUGUUUUUACUAAACUUAUUGCUCUUUGUCGUCUUCAUAGAGAGGAGAAGUUGUUACGUCGUGUUGCGAUGGUAGCAAAAUUUCUGGAUCUCAACAUGCCUGGUCCUGCAAAUGUGGCAAAAAAAAAAUGGCGAAAACGUUGACAGUGAAAGACUUUCCUGAACUCAGGAACAAAAUUGUAGCCCAUAUUUUUCCUUCAUACGCAAAUGGCCGUCUCUGUCAGGAAAUAUUGCUGAGGUUUAGAAAUUUUGUUACCAUGGUAACGUGACGUCACGCUUCAUCUCUCAAUUGCCUCGACCCCAUGCCAGCUUCAGCCCUCUACUUUUAUGUUAUAGACACAACUACACCCACUCAAUCGACUACUCCCUGGACACGCCCUUCAAACUGCCGCUCGUAUGAGUACAAAUGCCACAAUGGAUUCUGUAUAUACAUGUGGGAUGUAUGCGAUGGCAGUAACGACUGUGGAGACAACUCAGAUGAAUGGUAUUGCGGUAUGUAGUCACGGUGAAGUAAACUUGAAAGAGAAAGUGCCGCUAGCGGAGCGGCAGGGGUAUUUUACAGAACGCCGAAUGGCUUUGAAGGUAAGUGAUUAGGGUUAGAAAACUGUGUGAAUCAGGUCUAUUCAGGGUCAUUACGCUGUGAAAACUGACCUGAAACUUGAUUCACUCAGCUGGGUGUCAGAACCCUAAUCACUAAACGUCAGAUUCGUUCUGCUUUUGGUGGCCCUUUGGCGUUCUGCAAAAUACCCCUACCACUAGCGGAGGUUGGUUUGUAUCAAUAGAGAGAUUAACGGAGCUUACCAUUUGUACGAAAAUUUCGGUGAAAAAAGUUCCGUUAAAUGGUGCUGGCAUUUCUUUUUUUGGCACCGAAAACAGGAACGGGAUUGAGUUGUACCAUUUACAAAAUACCCGUAAAUUUUUCGCUUUCUCUCGACGUGAAGCCUGGCACUAGUAAUCCAAACAAAUGGUACAGAAAAUUUCGGUCGUUUCGGUAAAAACGGGAAAAAGGCAAUACGUCGAAAGGUGUUUCUUUAUUUCCGGAAAAUUUCCGCCGGGAUGAAACGUUCCAUUUGAAUUUUCCCCGGAAUUUCCGGGUUUUCCAUACAAAUUGUAAGGGCUCUAAGAUUCACGUUUACGCCAAACGGCAACCGUGAAUUUGGAAAGUUUUUAUGUCCUUAUUUUCUAUUCUUAGAAAUUCUCAACUUGAAUCUUUUUGUUUUCGUUUGCCGUAAACGUGACUCUUAAUCUCUCUAAUGAAAUGUCCAACGAAACCCUUCUCUUCUAAUAGAAGCCAAAGUAAAGCGGUUCAAGUUCACCCAAUAAAUAAUCUCCAUUUUAUGCUAUUUGUUUUAAUUUCUAAAAUUCCAAGAAACAAAUAGUACCGUGCAAAAGUUCUGCCAAAGAUGUUUCAUUUGAAUGGUAACACCAAAGGAUUUCAUCCACAGACUCAAAAGUUAGAACUACAUACUAAAUAAAUAGUACCAUGUGAAGGUACUGCCAAAGAGGUUUCAUUUGAAUGGUAACACCACGGAAUUUCAUCCACAGACUCAAAAGUUAGAACUACAUACUAAAUAAAUAGUACCAUGUGAAAGUACUGCUGAAGAGGUUUCAUUUGAAUGGUAACACCACAAAAUUUCAUCCACAGACUCAAAAGUUAGAACUACAUACUAAAUAAAUAGUACCAUGUGAAAGUACUGCUGACGAGGUUUCAUUUGAAUGGUAACACCACGGAAUUUCAUCCACAGACUCAAAAGUUAGAACUACAUACUAAAUAAAUAGUACCAUGUGAAAGUACUGCCGAAGAGGUUUCAUUUGAAUGGUAACACCACGGAAUUUCAUCCACAGACUCAAAAGUUAGAACUACACACUAAAUAAAUAGUACCAUGUGAAAGUAUUGCUGAAGAGGUUUCAUUUGAAUGGUCACACCAUAGGAUUUCAUCCACAGACUCAAAAGUUAGAACUACAUACUAAAAUAUAAAUAAAUAGUACCAUGUGAAAGUACUGCUGAAGAGGUUUCAUUUGAAUGGUAACACCAAAGGAUUUCAUCCACAGACUCAAAAGUUAGAACUACGUACUAAAUAAAUAGUACCAUGUGAAAGUACUGCUGAAGAGGUUUCAUUUGAAUGGUAACACCACGGAAUUUCAUCCACAGACUCAAAAGUUAGAACUACAUACUAAAUAAAUAGUACCAUGUGAAAGUACUGCCGAAGAGGUUUCAUUUGAAUGGUAACACCACGGAAUUUCAUCCACAGACUCAAAAGUUAGAACUACACACUAAAUAAAUAGUACCAUGUGAAAGUAUUGCUGAAGAGGUUUCAUUUGAAUGGUCACACCAUAGGAUUUCAUCCACAGACUCAAAAGUUAGAACUACAUACUAAAAUAUAAAUAAAUAGUACCACGUGAAAGUACUGCCAAAGAGGUUUCAUUUGAAUGGUAACACCACGGAAUUUCAUCCACAGACUCAAAAGUUAGAACUACAUACUAAAUAAAUAGUACCAUGUGAAAGUACUGCCAAAGAGGUUUCAUUUGAAUGGUAACACCACGGAAUUUCAUCCACAGACUCAAAAGUUAGAACUACGUACUAAAUAAAUAGUACCAUGUGAAAGUACUGCCGAAGAGGUUUCAUUUGAAUGGUAACACCACGGAAUUUCAUCCACAGACUCAAAAGUUAGAACUACAUACUAAAUAAAUAGUACCAUGUGAAAGUACUGCUGAAGAGGUUUCAUUUGAAUGGGCACACCAUGGGAUUUCAUCCACAAUUUUAAAAGAUGGGCUAACGAAUUGUUUUGCCAUAACUUGCACCCGGAUUGAAAGGGCUGAGAACAGCUUGCUUCUGCAACAUUUGAACGAAAGCUGCAUGUUUACAAACCUAAAGAGACUCAUGCGACCAUGGCCUAGUAUAAACAUGUAUUCGUUUGCUCACUAGAAGUAAACCUAAUGAAAGGCAAAUGCAGAUGAUGUGUUGUGUGUUGCAGUGAUAGGAAGAAUAGACGUCUUUUUUUUUCACUGUGCUUGUGUGAUUAAAUUGCGAGUUGUUAGGUAGCCUGAGAACAAAGCCGUUUCUUCUCGCGGGGAAGUCCCUCCCGCGAAACGUCUAGCGACGAGGAGCGACGGGAUACGACUGUAUUCGCAAGCUAGUCGGUAGAUUGUUUUGGCCACAACGAGGAGAUUGAAAAAGACGAGGGAUGAUUCCCUAGUUGCUGUCGCUUCGUUAGUGUUGUAUUCGCUCUUGCUAAGGGUGACAACGGGAGGUAGCGUUCGACAUACCUCUUCUUUUUUUGCCAACUAUAAAGUUCAUCAAAUUUAUGUCUUACGUUUGACUCCUCUAUUGGCUAAUCUAGGACUACAAAUAACUCUUUAGAAGCUAACACAUUUGUCAUUUAAUUAUUCAUCAGGUACUUCAGGUCCAGUAAACACGACUACUUCGCCCAGUCCUUGUCAUUAUUGGCAGUUCACGUGCUCUAAUGGGCGGUGUAUCAAUAAUGGGUACAGGUGCAAUGGAGUCGAUAACUGUGGUGAUAAUAGUGAUGAGAGAGGAUGCCGUAAGUUCAAUCGCUUGGCGCUUUCAGUCCUAUAAUUAACAGGGUUCGCACAGUCUUGAAAAAUCCUUGAAUUUUAGGGGAAGUCCUUGAAAAGUCCUUGAAUUCCAUUUUUCCUUGAAAAGUCCUUAAAUUUCUGUGCAAGUCCUUGAAAAGAGCUUGAAUUUUCUUCAACUUUGAAUGUAGUAGCCUGGAAAGAAUUUUUUGAUGCUUUUUGGUUGUCCAAGACAGAAUGUAAAUCGUAGCUCAGUGAAUGUAAAGGUCAUUUACAUAAAGUGCUCUAUGUUUUAUGCAAUAAUUAACUAUCAGUUUAAGACAAGUGAACUGAAAAAUGUAGAGAAUUUGGUGAAGCAAACAGUUAAAGCCUUAAAGUCUUAUUAGAAUAUACUGGGAAUAUGCAUUUUUGUACAAUCUGUGAAAUUAUAUUCCUAGUAGGUUGUCCUUGAAAAUCUAAUGUGGUCCUUGAAAAGUCCUUGAAAAGUCCUUGAAAAAUGGUUGCAAUUUUUUGUAUGAACCCUGAUUAAUUAACUCGUGAUAUUCAAAGAUUUCGGGGUACUUUCUACGGCAGUACCGAUCAGGCACCCAGGCUUUCUCUCCUUUAGCUCCUUUAGUUGCUCAUGAUGUCAUUUGCAUUUGCAAAGUCUGCGGGGAUGCCCAUAUUUAUACUUGUCGGAAAAUCCAUUCAAUCAACGAAUUAACGGUAGUUGCUGCAUAACCUAAAUGCAAUCUGUAUAAGGUGCGCGCGCGUUCCACGUCGAACGAACCCUUUCCAUGUCGUAGCGUUUGUUUUCUUUUUCUUCGUUUCCAUAACAGUUACUCGAUUAAACGCUGCGGCGUUUAUCAAAUUAUUAACGCUUCUGAAGCUGAGGUAGCGUUUAUUCAAGGGCGGCGUUUAUUUCAAAAUCUCAAUUCUUACGGUAAACCAUCCGUUAUUAUUAAAGCACUUUUUUUUUGUUGCGAUAGAUUGAAAUUGUCUCGAUGGUGGUGCCGAGUUCAGUAUCUCAUAAUCCUCAAAUAAACGCCAGAUUAUUUGGAUUUUGUGCGGCGUUCAUCGGUAAUUUUGCUUCCAUCUGCGGCGUUUAAUCGAGUUAAUACAGUAUGUACCAUAAAUUACUCUGAACGAGGGAUACAUGCGCGUGGAAACCACUGUCAACUUGGCAUUGAGAACAAAACUUGAACAAACUUUUACCUAUGUCACUGUUUAUUCGCCAUAUGAACACUGCGGUUCCAGUAACAUAAUUCGUUCUGUCUUUGCAGCUUCAACGUCACAAGCACCCACAACAACCCAAGCACCACACUGUCCAUCCGGAUGGCUGCACUGUCAGAACAGUCCAUCUGGAAUUUGUAUCAGAGUUGAGUGGUUGUGCGAUGGAGUUAUUAACUGCCCACAAAGCUGGGAUGAACAGCGACAAAACUGUCCAAGUAUUAAUUUAUAUUAAUUUACUUUUUUUGUUCGUUUUUAGUUUGUUUGUUUUUUAUAUAUACCGUAAAAUUCCGAAAAUAAGCCCCGGGGCUUAUAUUUUUCAAAGGCCCUUUUUGAGGGGCUUAUUUAUGGAGGGGCUUAUCUAUGGAGGGAAAUUUGCGUUUCAAAAUCGAUUGGGCUAGCCUUAUGCUUGGAAGGAAAUCUACCGUUUUUGCUUUCUUUUACUUUGUAUUUGAGGGGAAAUUUCCAAUUACAAGUCCCAGGGGAAGGGGGGGGGGGCUUAUAUUUGGAGGGGCGAUUUAACGGAUGGUUUUUGCGUUACGAGUUUGGGGGGCUUAUACAUGGAGGGGCUUAUUUUCGGAAUUUUACGGUAUAAUAACUUGUUAUGCAUGAAAAUAGGUGGUAAAAAGAGAUGCGAAAAGGGGGCAACAAACAAGAACUUGAUCCUCGUACAAGAUUGACGCCCAAUCUUGAAUGUACAAAUGAAUACAUGCACUAUGUAAACUACAGUCGACUCCCGAACUCCCGAACUCCCGAACUCGAACCUUUUAGGGAAAUCGAACAGCGUGCAAAUAAAGUAGUGUCCGAUAGCCCUGGGCGAGUGGAUUUUGCGAUCGGACUAAUGAAUUCUGUUAUUAGGGCGAGUGAAGUUUUUUGAGGAAUUCGAAUUACAGAAGAACUGUGAAAUCAAUCUGCGCAUCAAAACGUUUUUGGGGCUAGCUGAAAUGAUGUUUGGGCUAGUAAAUGUUAGCUUCAGCUUGCCCCAAUGGCAAGCUGUAAAAGUGACUUUCUUUGCAUCCUGUCGAAAAAAGUUCGAGUUAUCGGGAGUUUAAAGCAAAUAACCGGAAAUAAGGAAAUGAGCAAAUGGAUGGAGAGGGAAUGCAAUUAACCAACAAAGUAUACAGAGAUGGACAAAGAAUUGGAUCUGGAGUGACAAACAAGUAAAGAUAAAGAAUUGACACGGUUGUUUUGAAAUAAAUUCGUGUUUCGGACUUCAGUACACGAUUUUUUCCGACUUGUCACGCGCUUAAAACAAGGUUCGAGUUAUCGAGGGUAAAAUUGUAUAGAAGUGAUCUGAAGGGAAACUUCGAGUUAUCGAGGGUAAAAUUACAGGAAAUGUAGGGGAGAUCGACGUUGGUUCGAGUUAGCGCGAGGUUCGAGUUAGUGAAGGUUCGAAUUAUUGAGAGUCGAGUGUAGAUUUAAAAUUGCAAAUAACAUAAAGAGUCAAAAAUAUCUAUUUUCUGAACUGGCUAGAGUGCUUUUGUAGAAGUAAUAAAUGAUAUAAUGAAAGUGUAGUUAGAGGCUGGCUCUUUCGUGUGGUCUAAAGGAGACCACAUUCAUCAGGCAAUUAAAGUGAGUCUAAAAUAUAAAUAUGUAACAAAUCCAAUGGGUUAAAGAUGUGUAACGGACACUUCAAUGCUUAAAAACUUCUUAAACUUACUUCAACAACAUUAUUCAGUUGCCAAAGUAUCUAUGCCCUAAAGAAUACUUAAAUAAUAUUUGUUGGUGCAUAGUAAUUACACAAUUAAAAAACUUUUUACUUUUCGCUUCCCCCCCCCCCUCCCCCUGCCCUCCCAAAAAGAAUGCAUUAUCACUUGUUAAAGAGAUCACUACGUCCUGUACAGUAUACGUAGAUACGUUGGUUUUCUGACACCUGCAUAUCGGUACGUGUCUAUCAUGAGAGAUUUCGCCAGUUUAGAAACAAGAAAGAAACUGGGCCAACUUUCGCAAAGACAUCUGGGAUUGUUACUAGGGACAGUAACCAAUAGCUGAUCGGCUGGGUUCAUGUAACUAUCCCAGAAACAAUUGCGGCUCCAGUCCCAUCCCUUCUCGUUUUUAUUAUGGGAUAUUGAAGUGUUUUGAUCUACAUCCGCUCACAGUCUUGUUCUUUAUUUCAAGAGACCACCAGGAGACCCAUCACUUGUGCAGUUGACGAGUACCAGUGCCUCUCUGGUGUAUGUAUUCCUCUGACAUCUGUGUGUAAUGGAAGGAGUGAUUGCUCUGAUGGCUCUGACGAAUCUGGCUGCGGUAAGCUAAUAGCCUUCUCGAGUUUCUCUGGUUUGUUUGUACUUAAGCAAAGAGGAAUCUGUUAGGAAACAGUAACUACUGUUCGCUUUGUUAAUUCUUCGCAAGCCGAUAAGUUAAAAAAAUGAUAUCAUGUCUUUGUCAGAAAGAUUAUGUGGCCCUCUUUCCUCACAUUGGGGGGAGGGAAGGGAAGUGGCGCGCGACGUGACAGCAGUUGGCCCCUAACUAUGCGCUCAUUACUUCGGUAUCUGAUUCUAGCUUUCAUGAGUUAGUCACACUGGGUGCGUGUCGUCCUCGUUCACGCGCGCUCUCAUUGACUCGAUAACUGAUUCUACAGUCAACUCUCUCACAACGACUACCACCACUUUGAAAAUAACCGUUUUCUGUCUCAGUCAAAUACUGUUUUAAAAACUCUCUCGUAAGCGACCACUACUGGAAUUUCGUAAACGACCGCGACCACUUUUUAAAUCAGAAAUUCGACAUAUUCUUUUGUUUUCACUUUCUCGUAAGCGACCUCCCGGCAUGAUUACGUAUGAUUGAAAGAAAACCAUUUCUUAACUGUCACAAAAGUUCAGUUUUAAAAGCGCUGAACAAGCGUGCUUAAAGAUUAAAGCAGUUGACCUACAAAAAAGAUGGCUGCAAUACGAUCUGAAGAUAAAUUUGUGGAUUGUAGCGUUGAUGCAAAGACCUGCAAAAUGUUAUGUACAUAGUUUCAACAGUUCCAAGUGCUAUUCGAUGUGAAACAUCAUUGCCAGUUUUCUGUGUGCCUAAUUUUGGCUUGUUUAAUAGGUAAUAACUUUAUGUAAUCACGUUAAUCAGUUUAGUUAAGUAUAUUUUCUUGAUUUUCCUCAUAGACGACCACCUCCCGCAAGCGACCACUUUGUCUUUCUUCAAGGGUGGUCGCUUACGGGAGAGUUGACUGUACCUGAUUCUCUCAUGAGUUAGUCACACUUGGUGCGUGCCCCCCUCGCUCACGCGCGCCCUAUUUCUUAUGCGUCUGUAAUGCGGGUAUCCCGCGCAGAGGUUCUUAGGGCUUGGUCAGGCGUUCCUGCUCCAAGAGCUACCACACAGGCUAGUAACCCAGUCACUGUACUGUUAUAUUAGCAUUGAUUAUUGCUGCCAUUUUGUAGCAACUCCAAGUGCAUGUACUGGCCAGUUCAAGUGCGAUUCAAACCUUUGCUUGCCUCUGGCUAAAGUAUGUGAUGGCGUUCGAAACUGUCAAGAUGGUACGGAUGAGAGAUAUUGUGGUAAGUAACUAAAGGAUAAAUAAUUUUAUUUUCUUUUGAGUUAGCAAAAAAAAAAGUCAGCGUUUUGUUAAGGGUCAAGUUGUUAGCGUUUUUAAGUUGACUUAUCUUGUGUGAAUAGAGAGAUUUUAGAGGUAUUUAUUUUUUGUUAAGGGUCAAGUUGUUAGCGUUUUUAAGUUGACUUAUCUUGUGUGAAUAGAGAGAUUUAUGAUAACCGACAUUAAGUUCAGGGCAAAUGGCUAACUGCGAUUUACCAUUGAUCACUUAUUCUCACUGUUACCUUUUUAACUUUAUCUUUUGAGACUGAGGCGGGGGGCGGUUUCUGAGUAUAAAGUUGGGCUAGAUUUUCGUUUUUCCAAGUCCCUUCUAUUAUGACCUAGUUUUGUUAUAAAUAUAAGUUGUUUAAAGAAACAAACUAGAAUUUCAUUGAUUCAGUUCUUUAUUAUUAUUAUUAUUAUUAUUAUUAUUAUUAUUAUUAUUAUUAUUAUUAUUAUUAUUAUUAUUAUUAUUACUAUUAUUAUUAUUGCGGGUGAUAAAAGGAGCCUGCAGCCUAUUUUUGGUGAUCGGCACUCUUUAAACUCUAUAGCGAGAUUUUUUCAGAAUCUGUUCACAUUUUUGGGAUACCCGUGUUGUACUGACUAUUGCGCACGGUAUGUGGCCCCAAAGGCUCUAGUGUUGAGUUUAAGGUCCGUCUGAUGUCACGGUAAUCACGUGAAUGCACAUACAAGUGGUGCAACAAUCACUAUUACAUUCGAUUCGCCAGCACACGUAAUUCAGGUACACUAGUACGGUACUAAAUGGGAGACUUUUCCAUUCGCCUUGCCGGCCUGGAAUCUAUUUACCCAGGAAAAUGAAAGUAGAGCCUGAUCUCAGCUUAGUGCGGGACAAGUUUUCGGUAAGUUACGAGUGUUAGCAAAGUCUAGAAAUCGAUGUAAAUUAAGUUUAUUCAGGUUUCACUACAGUGCAUGAUUUUUAUAUUUUUAUACGUUUCCAAGCAUGUUACGUCGCUUGUCAUCCGAAAGCUUCGAUAAGCUUUAAACUCCAGUGGUAAUUUAAGCUGUUUCAUUAUUGCGUUCGAGGUACGAGAACGCAACCCCUAAUUUGUGUUGGGUGUUAUGUGCCUUAUUGGGUGUCCUGUGCAAUUAAUAAGGGAGGUUAUUUUGAGAUUGCAUUUUCGUCGUCGUCGACACACAUUUGCCUCACUUUGAAGUGCUUGCUUACGUUUUGUCUCACUUUGACGCGCUAUCUCACGUGGUGUUUCGUGUGUCCUCGGCGUUCAUCUUUCAAAGGUUUGCUGAGGUCUGAUAUUCUGUCUUCGUAAAGCGUUCAUCUUUUAAAAAGUUUGCUGAAUCUUCGUAAAGCUUACAUCGGUCUGUGUUUGCUGAAUCUUCCAAAAGCGUUCAUCUUUCAGAAGUUUGCUGUUAAAUUUUACUUUGGAAUAAGCCUUCAUAUUUUUCAGCAUGGUUCGUCACUGUCUUUGGAAAAUGUGUGCGAUUCCUGGUGCAUGCAUCAAAGCGGGUUUAGUUCGGCCGCCUUUGUGUCACAAAGUAAAUCUACUGAGUUGUGUAGCUCGGCAGCCGUUGUCAGGCCAAAGAGUAAAUUUACCGAGUUGUGUAGCUCGGCGCCCGUUGUGUCACAAAGUAAAUCUACCGAGAUCUGAAGCUCGGCGGCGCCAUCUGGUCAUGACUUGUGAUAUUUUCGGCGCCAGACAAACGAACACUUUAACUCUAUUUUAUUUAUUUGUUAAAACUUAUAAACCAGCCCACAGUAGCGCCACUCUCGAGUCACUGAAAUCAACACGCUCGACUAAACUACUGGAAAAGUUAUUGACGUGAGCCGCACACACAUUCCACUGAAGGCUUUGACAGGGUUAGUGCGAAAUUUGAAUUCAGAUGUGAAAGCUUUUAAAAAAGUAAAUUCAGUUUAAUUCAUUUUGUCAACAAGUUGAUGAUUGGAUGCUCUUAAAAAUAAAAGAGAAAAUUAUCCGAAGAAGUGUUUUUGAAGAAAGAAAAUGAAUUCCGGGUUAAGCGCUAAUCGGCCUUUGAACAACUGCACCCUGUAAUGGCGCCAGUAAAAAAAGUUAAAAUGUUCUAUUUACACGCCCUACGUACUCUGGCCACUGUCUCCUCCGAUUACAAGCACUUUGACACUGAACCAUACGAUAUCUUUGCAAAAUCUUCUUAUAAUGAUACCAAGUUUAAAUAGAAGUUGCGUUGUACGCAACCCUUACGUUCAAAAUAUGCCACAAUCACAUUUAUCUAUCGCAAGAACCAUCCCAUCUUCCCCCUCAACUGUUACCCGUCUGUACGCCUAAGAAACAUAUCGAACGCACUCUCGUAAGUUCCGAUGACUCCUAGUUUUGUAUUGCAUAUCAACGGCCUUUGGUCAUUGAACACGGAUUGAAUAUUCGAUUAAAUAAUAAGACUUCGUGCAUGACUGUAUACACGCGUUACUUGUGUGACGCGUUACUGUUUCAAUGUAUCUUUGCCGGCGAAUAAAAACGUCUCUCCUCGCUCCUUAACAUUUGCAGACUAAUUUUAUCUAAGCAACUGCGAAUAAAAUCGUUGAAAAUUUGAGUCUUAUUUACUGACUUGUUCAAUCCAGUUCUCGUGAUCCGCAGUGAUUUCUUUUGUUGGCACUAACCUGAAUGGCAUUCACCAUGAAAGCGGUUUCGCCCGCACUUGUUAGCCAACGGCUACUGCUAGUUAUUAUUUACACAAGCCCUCCAUCCCCACAUACCUUUUUGAAAUUGGUUUCAUUGUGAUCGUUAAAAGCCACAGGAGCCUCUUCAGUGUUAGAGAACUAGAGUAUCAUUUAGAAUAUGAUCAAUAACAGCUUGUGUCUGUAGUGACCAAGAGUGCUCGUGCUCCUGGUAGCCAUAUUUUUCAUUGCCCCUUUUCACUGAGGCUCUAGAAGGUCAUUCGGUUCGUCUUUGAGAGGUACUUAUGAGCCACAGUGAAAGCUUUCCUAACGGACACUCUUCUAAGCGGACAGCUCUACAAACGGCUGCCUUCACAAAUCCCCGUUUUACUCAAAUCCCAUACAAACUCUAUAUUUGUAAAUUUCCGUAAUCGGCCAGCCCCAGUUAUGGACACCUUUUUCGCGUCCCGCGGGUGCCCGCUCACGAGAGCUUCCAAUCUCCACAGAGCCUGCGGCAAGCUCUCCAUUCAGUUGUGUAGGAGCUGCUCGUACGGUCUCUCCUGAUUGGUCGCAGAAAACAAUAAAAUUACAUUUCAAUUGUUUCAGUAUUUUUUGGGGUCAUGGUUAGGCACCAUUGGUGACUUCUCUUCCUAGCAGCUGCUACAUGACCCUCUCGAUUUGGGGAAGUCGCGAGAAGUCACGCAGGAACCGCACGCGAAAGGAGACGCGAUUGGAGAGCUUGCUCGCAAACGACCCUCUGCUUAUUAGUAUUUUCAGUGAAAUCGAUUUUCUUGAUCCUUUUUCUUAGCGAACACCCUAAAAGUUACAAAUUUGGCGGGAGUUCCUUUAACUGGUGGAGCCUCAGUGAGCCUCAGAUGGACUCCAGUUUCUCACAAACCCCCCAAUGUUACAAUCAUUGGAUCCAGGAUCUCUUACAGGUAAGCAACAGUGCUACCAUACACAUAUUCUCGUCGUGAUGUGAUGCAAAAUGGUGUCAAUUAGCAGACAUACCAAAGACAAGGCAAAGUCAAGUGAGAACGCGAAAACGCGCGGAAAGGACUAGACGCGACUUCCGGUAAUCUAUUUGCUGCUCCAUCACUGGUCGAUCUUUACGCUCCGUCAUCACUGUCACAGCGUUGUCUUUGGUCAAUCCACCCAUUGUCUACAAUGUCAUUCUCAACCUUCAAAUAACCACAUUCUCCUCCUCCGUUGUCUCAAUAGGUUGUUGGAAAGUUAAUCUGCGCCAGGCUGUAGGUCAGUGCAGACGCGCCAAAAAGCGAGCGAGCAGUGAAUCAGCGAACAAGCGAAAAACGGCGGAUCGAGAGAAGGGAAGAGCUUGUGAAAAAAACCGUUUCUUCGUGUUAAAAUGUCAAAUAUCAAAACGUCAGAAGUUUUGGUCUGGGAGGGUUUCACACAUGCUCGAUAUGUUUCUUAGACUUUGCGCCCGCGAAGCCAAAUGAUUGACGUAAGCGUUAAAGUAAACUGUCACAAUUGACCAAUCAUAGGGUAUACCAGGAGCUGGCAUACCGAAAUGAAGUAUCGAAAACAAUGCUUACAGGCUCCAUUACUUCGUCUCUUCCCAGCCCCCACCCGGUUUUAGCACAAAUCUUCUCGAUCCGCUUUCGCCACUAUCCUGGAGCCUGGUACAGGCUAUUGGAAAGUUGUUUGACCGUGUUGAUUAUUUUAAUUGUAGAGCUACCUCUCUUCACUCUAUACCAGUUUCUGAUGUCUGGCGUGCGAAAGACACUAUGACAUUGAGCUAUUACCUGGUUACUGACUUGCAACCGUGCUCGGAAUAUGAGUUCAAAGUUCAAGUACUGCUGUUGGGAAUGCAACCAGGGCCCUUUUCGGACACCAUCCAAGCCGAAACAACAUCAGUCAGUAAGUUCUUUAUCUUUGUGCAUCUGAUCAGUCCACAUUCAAGGUGUCAGAGCCAAAAGAAGUAAAUGACCAACCUCGCUCCCAGGGUCUUCACUCCUAAACUUCCAUCAUUUCACGAUGUCUCUGUAGAGUAUUAUCUAAAUCGCUGCUAAAAAAAAUCCGAGAUAUAAGCGUUUUAAAGAUGUAGCACGAGCAAAACUUUGCGUUAUGAAUUUGAUCGAUAGGUGCCCCCGCGGCCUUAAGCAACAACGAAGGCGACGGUUACGAAAGCGUCAUUUUAAAAACUUAAGAAGUGAAUUCGCGCUGCCUGAAACUUUAUCGCGCUUAUUCCACCUCGUUCAGUUCGUCAAAUCUUCACUUGGAAAUUUUUUCUAAAGUUGACGUCUAGAGGACUUUAUCGAAGUUCAUGAAAAGAAAAAGAAAGUCGCUUUCUUGUGUUCACGUCCUCGACAAAACGUUAAGUUAGGCGUUUUCGGAAGAAAGAAAUGAAUUGUACAAAAAAGCGUGAUGCACGUGCAGAGUUGAUGUUUUGUCUAUCUAAACUUAUUGCUUUUUUGGUGUUCUCGUGGACGUCGCCGUCGUCGAUGCUUAUUAGUGAACUUACGCAACAGGACGGGAGAGGAAAGAAGACGGCAGACCUUAUGUGACAAGCGUGACAAUAAUUUUGUUUGAAAAAACAUUUCAAAAACUACACCUUCCUUUAAACAGACCUUUCUGUAAUAGACCAGAAAAGAUCAAUGAUAAGGGAAGACCACGACAAAACUCCCAAGUAAUAGCCCUGUGACGUUUGUCACACACAAGCGUUUUGCCGUCCUCUUCUUCCUGCCUAGCCUCCCAUGCAGGCGUUUUUAGGGGAGCUUGUUUUUCAUCCCUCCCCACAAACGCCUGCUCAACCGAAGGUAACAUUCCUUUCCCAGGCUUAGCCAAUCACAUUGUACUUUCCAAAUUCUGGAAAGUUGACCUUGACCGCAAGGUAAUCUGAUAAUUACUCGAUCUGCAUUAAACACUGGGAAAGCUUUCUGACCUCUAAUAAAUGUUAGAUUCAGAGCGGCAAAAAUAAGAUUUAGUCAAAAUUUAGAAUACUCCAUGCACUGCAUAACCUUAGCGAAGGAAAGAAAAGAAGGAAAACGGUAACUCUAGGGUCACGUUCAGUCGUGUUUAGCCUGUCAACACUUUAUUGCAAAAUUGUUGAUUGGUCACUUACCACGCAAAUAAAACAAUGGGAAAGGAAUGUUGUUUCCGGCUGAGCAGGCGUUCGUGGGGAGGGAUGAAAAACGAGCUGCCCUAAAAAUGCAUGCGUGGGAGGCUACUUCCUGCCGUGCUGUUGCGUAAACUCACUAAUCUCCCUAUUAUAAAGUCGCAAUGCCGUCUCAAAUUUAGUCUAAGAAAGCCAACGUGAUAAGCGUGAUCUUCUCUCUUUAAGCAACAAGUCCUCCACGAAAUAUACAGCAUGUUUCUAAAGGGACUGACAGAAUACAGAUAACCUGGGAAACACCAGCAACGUACUGUCAUGCGGUCACGAGUUAUAAGGUAACACGCAGGCUGAUUGGACAAGCGUUUGAAUAAAGAGUUCUGUAGAUAAACAUCAAAAUAUAUAAUCAAGGUGAUCUGAUCAAAGUAAGAUCCGACUUGGCAUUUAUUACCAACUAGCUUCAACAUGUGCGACACACCUCAGAUUAAAUUACCAAUGAAAAGUUCGUUACAGCAUACACUGAUACAUGUAUACACACGCGCGCUGAAUUUGAAUCAGAUGCUAUUGCGUGGCAACAGGAGAUGUAAAGCUGCUUAAAAGAAAUUUGCGCGCGUGCCUGCAGGGAGUUACAAGCUCAUUACGCUUGUUCAAGCACGCCAGACAGGGGGUGCAAAUGAUGAAAUAUUUUCCCCACAGGCACAAAUUACAGCAGUUUGAAGGGGGAUUGAAAUGCACCGCUUGCUUUAAAACCUUCCAAGUUAUACUACAUUCUGAACUUAGCGUCUUUCAAAUGCCAGACAUGCUUGUUCGCCAAGAAAUUAAAAUGUCUAUAUUACAAGGCUUAAAACAGUGUAACAAGUAAAUAUAUGUUUAUAUUUCUACAGAUAAAUUACAAGGAAGAUACUCAACUGAAUUUCCAAUCUGUUGUAACUGGAAAUGUCCACUCAUAUCUACUGACAGGACUUUCGCCAAGUAUUACUUAUGAUAUCAAGGUGGGCUUCAUUUUGCUUCAAAUGCCAUCAUAGAUUGCUUGUCUAAACAUUACCUGAGUAAACGUUUGCGCUUCAUCUCGCGUUCUCGCUAUCAAUAAUUGAGAGAGUUGAAAAUACGAUGCGCAGCGGAGUAUUUUUGACGAACCUAAUGUCUUUCAUCUGUUGAUGAAACACAGUGUCGAAUGCUUGAUAUUGCGUCUCAAACAAAAUGAUUUUAGAAGGAGAAAUUAAGGAUGCAAAAAUGAACAGUUUUUCAUCUGAUUUCCAAACACUCAUUAAACAUUAAUUUCCUUUGUAUUUUCUUUAUGAAUUAUUGAUGCGUUUGAGAAGUACAAUGUUAUGUUACCUAAUAAACCCAUGCAUGGCCACUUGCUGUAAAUGUUAGUAUGUAAUUUGUGUGAUUAUUCUUUACUCAGUUGCAAGCUCACAGUACGGAGGAUGGUGAUGGGCAGUUCUCUGUUCCUCAGUCUGUGACAAUUUCAAUUUUCCGACCGACAGGUAUGCUUGCGUAAAAAUUUAACACUUAUUAUUAAACAGAAGAAAAAUCUUUCAUCCCAAAUGGCUUAUUCGAAUGAAAGAUUGAAAAUAUCAAAAUUUUAAUAGUUUCUCCUUUGUUACGCAAGUGUACUUCCUUUAGAAUUAGUGGGUAGGAGUUGACACCUGUUUUCAUUGUCAAGUUACGUUUUAUUUAACAUGAGUAGGUUUCCUGGUCCCUCCCCCCCCCCCCGCUCUCUUAUGCGAUAUUAUCUAGUUCAUAGAUGAAAACAUAGUAAUUAUGUGAUUAGUACUAUAUUGUCAUCCACGCUGGAGGUAUCAUUCAGUCACCGCGUGGACUUGUUGUGGCCAGGCAAUUACUCAUGCAAUACACAUUUACCUCAAGGCCAGGUUGUUCGAAGCAGGAUUAACAAAACCCAGGGUUAUUGCGAAGUUGGAAUUCAGAUAUGACACCUUAGAAAGCAGUAUUCCUUUUGUCAACAGUUUGAUGAUUGGAUUAUGCGUGCAAAUGGACGCAACAUGUAACAUCGAACAACGUUCCGUCCGUGUGCGCGGGGUUUCAGACUGCGUCGUUACUACCAACUUUUCUUUUUUGCUUUAGGACCUGUCACAAACCUGCGAGCAACGAGUAAAAACAAAACAGAAGUAGUUCUUGCUUGGGGGACCCCACAGUCUGGAAUUGGUACUAUAACAGCUCCCCAGGUAAUCUUUUUGGCAAUAUUUGCACUCGGAUCCUUUCUUCCUAGCCGCCUGUGUCACUGACUGAAUCUAAGACAUCUUUCCCAUUCUUUUUUUCUUGUUGCAAAGAAUUUCAUGUCAUAGUUUUGAACUUGAUUAAGGUUGAGAGUUCGGAGCUUUAUGUGGCAUGAAACGGGAGAUAAAAGAUAAUAGGGAUUUAUAGCAAAUAGCUGUGGUGACCUUUACUACGGCGGCCGUGGAUGUGGAGUCCUAGGCAGAAUACGUUACCGUGGACCGCCAAAUUUCAACUUAAAACAAGCGGCGUCCAAACAGUGACUACGCGCGUUUCUGGCUGUCUUGCUUUCUCCAACGAUUUUAAGAAAUCGCCUAGGCUUUACAACAUCUGCAAUCAAAUUAUGCUUCAUGCAACGUUAUUAACUUCCAAGAAAAUUAUCAUUUGAAACUGCCGAAAUAUAUUUCUACUCACAUCAUGUUAUUCCACUCAAUAAAACAAUAUCUAAUUAGUGUCAACUAGCUUUUCCAAUUUUAUUCCCUAACGCAACUCUUUCUACUUAAAGCCUUGCUUCCAUAUGAUUGCUACGAUCGCUGUGAUCGCUGCGAUCGCUGACAAAAAAAAAAGUUCAGCGAUCAUAUGGAAACCACUUUCCAGCGAUCGCAGCGACAACGAUCACUGAGAUAGGACUUUUUCUAUCUUAGCGAUCGUUGUGGCUGCGAUCGCUGCUAUCGCUGAACUUUUUUUUUCUCAGCGAUCGCAGCGAUCAUAUGGAAACCACUUUCCAGCGAUCGCAGCGAGAACGAUCGCUGAGAUAGAACUUUUUCUAUCUCAGCGAUCGUUGUGGCUGCGAUCGCUACGAUCGCUGGAAAGUGGUUUCCUUAUGAUCGCUGCGAUCGCGGAACAUUUUUCUCAGCGAUCGUAGCGAUCAUAUGGAAACCAGGCUUAAGUUACGCAUCUUUACUAAGUAAAGUACGGUUCAAUAACUAUAAUACUUAGUAAGCAGGAAGGAUUUAUCUUGUUGUUCUCUUAUUCAUGUUUUUUUUUUUUGCCGGAACAAAAAAGGACUGUUGAACUUUGUAAGCGAGAGAGUAAAACUUGUUUUCAGGAUCAACAAUACUCGGUACAACUUCCAAAAAAAUAAGCUGCCUUUCAAAUAUCUAAAACCAGAAUUUAUAGGCCGCAUACUUUCGAAUUAAAGUCCAUAUCUAAAUAUCAAUUAUUGUUUCAUUGGAAGAGCUUUGAAAAUACAUGAUCUUUUAUACUCUAGCUUGAAGCAGGUGAAACAGAACUCAUAAAUACGUGCGUUGUACCGUUCGCGAUAGCCGAAUUCGGUCAGAAAUGUCUUGAAGCAGCAUCUACACUAAAAUAUGAAUCCUUAAACAGCUGCAUCACUGUACACAGCGUUUGAAUCAUGAAGAUAUAUAAUGUAAUGCUUCUAAACACCUGUAGCCGUAAUAAAAGACGAAAAAAAUGUGAAGAAUCAAGAGUGCCGUUGUUCGACCUUUAGCAAUGCCAUGUUUAAUAGAUGCCAAGAUCUCAUUGGUUCCUAAGCAUCAACUCAUAGUACCUUCAAUCUUAUUGGCUCUUGCAGUCACAAAGCCACAAGAUACAUACGCUCACACCACUGACAUAUGAGCUGUUUUUUUAAAAUAGCUCAAGAAAGGAAAAAGUUGACUUCUAUACUCACGUAGUAGCAACUAGGCCACAAGACAGGUCUUCACAUUGCAGGAUUUGGCGCUAAGACGAGAGGUGCACGUGCACUGCAACAUUUUUGUGCUUUUUUAUUUCUGGCCGCCGUAAUAGAGGUCGUCUUUAUUAGUAAUAGUAUUAAUAUUAUUAUUAUACAUGUUAUAGAAGCCGUUGUUAUCUUUGUUGAAGCUAUAUGGACAACCUUUUUUACAACAUUACCCACAUCGCUUUUCUGCAAGAAUUACGUGCUUAUAUAUUGUGUGUGUGGCGUUUGUUCAGUGAUACAUUAACACAAACAACAAAGGAAAAGAAUCAGUGAACCACAUUUUUUUCCGCAGGGCUAUAAUGUGUAUGAAAGUUCGAGCAGUGGGCUCCUAUUCCUUGCAAAGACAGAUCGGCACAACUACACGGUAACAGGGCUGCUUUCCGACACAGAGUACACUUUUAUUGUGAAGGCGUACAAUUCGAAAGGUGAAGGUCCUGGUGCUGCUGUUAUGGUAAAGACUAAUGGAGGUAAGUAUUGCUUUUGCUGGUUGCGAAGUUUAACUACGACUGCAACGACGUCGAGGGUAGCGAAAACGUCACUAUUUUUAAAACUUCACUUUUUUUUUAAAGUUUGCGGCUUUAAUUUCAACUCGCCUUAAAGGGGCUGCGUCGUGCUAUUUGCUAUCUUUUUCAAAAGAUAAAACUUUUUUCCCAUCAGUUGAAUUCAAAAAACAUUGCUCCAGUUUUUUCAUAGACUAUGGUAUGGCCUUGAAACUGUUUCCAGUCUUCUUUUGCUACGGAUGGCAAGGAUGUAAGUGAAUUGAAACUUGAAAAAAUUGGGCCACCUGUUUCAAGUUUUAAUACAAUGCCUGCAAACUCAUCAAAAAAAAAUUAUCAUCGUUUUUGUUCCCUGGUGAAAUUUGUUUGAUACCUUCUUCAUAACGCUACAGGAGCAUUUUAUGUAUGGGUAAAGGCACUAUAUUGAUCAUUUUACGUUUCUGUGAAAAAUGCCCACCCACCCCUCCCCUAAACCAACAUUGACACUUAGUUCUUACUUAGGGCAAAAUGUUGGCCUAGGGGAGGGGUAGGUGGGCAGUUUCACAGAAACGUAAAAUGAUCCGGCACUAUUAGUAAGUAAUGGGUUAUACGUACAAGUGACCUAAAACAGUAGUAUCCUUGUGACGUAGCCCCUUUAAAUGUCAACGUAGGUAAGUUUAGAAGGGAAAACAAAAAUUUGUCCCGAUGUGUUUACGUCCUCUUCUAAAAUGCGUGCUGGACGCCCAAUGUUGAAUUUUUGUAAAUGUUAAGGUACUGUAAAUUCUCUAUUAAGCCCCCUCUCUUUAAUAAGCCCUCCUCCCUUUUCAGGGGAAGACAGUUAAUCACUAAGCCCGCCUUCUCUUUAAGCGUCCCCCUCCCCUGCCCCUUAUUAUUCGUCACUAGUAAAUGAUAAACUAUAUUAAUCAAUCACGACUGUAAAACUUCGUGUGGACUUAUCUUGGAUGGUUUAUUCACCAACUGAAACUUCGGAUUUGUUUGUGAUCCUCAGCUGCAUGAUCUCCAGCUUCUCGUACUUGAGCUUUUCCACUCCGCGUUCUAGUUCUUUAUGGAGAACUGAUACUAUUGUCUUUGCUAAAUUAAAUAAGCUCCUCCCCCCGACAAAUGUGUUUGAAAUAAGCCCCCCGGGGGACUUAAGAGAGGAUUUAUUGCUCUUUUCACCCUUCUUGUUGCCGUCGUCUUCAUUGCUAAAGUUCCAACACGUCAACUUUUUUUUUUACUGUAAUCCAAUGUGGCUUUUGACCGUAAUAAAGUCCCAAAUGUGUCGCGGCAUUUUGGGUGAUGAUUUGUUGUUUUGUUUGAAGUAAGCAUCUCUGAUUUUGUUUGUAACAGCAAGUGCACCUCGUGAUGUUAAAGCAGUACCUUACAAUUCUUCAGCUGUGAAGUUAACGUGGCAGGAACCAGUCCCCAAACCAACGCAAGAAAAGGUUAGGGUCUUGCAGGGGUAAUUUUCAACAACCUAAAUAAUGAUUAGUAUGGUGCCUUUAACUUGGCAACUUAACAAUGGAAGUACUUCACGAAACCUUAUAAAGUGUCUAUUCGUCAUGUUCUAAAAGAGUAAAAAACUGGGUACGAUAUGCGACAGGCAGGCAGGUUAUUUAACAAUUAUUCCUCGAGCCCGAAUGGGCUCUGAGUCAAUAGCCCAUGAGGUCGAAGGCCGAAUGGGCUGUUGACUCAGAGGCCAUGAGGGAGAGAGGAAUAAUUGGGUUAGUAAAAUCCAACUAGCUGGUGAAAAAUAUGGAGACAAAACAACUUUAGCUCGUUAAAGCUAGACUUUAAUCCUUUUUUUGCCGCCAAAAAGCCGGCGCUUUCGCCUCUGGUGGGCUAUAACAUAUAGCCUAGCAGUAGCUCAACCAAUCAGAACGCAGCUUUGAUAAUAGACCACUAGUUGGAUUUUACUAAUGUUCAUUAACCGGCUGUUAUACCCUGCGCACUACAGGUGAUUCGUUCCAAACUGCAAUUAUAGUUCCAGAAAUGUUACUUAUCUUAACUUCCUCUGCUGUCCCUUUAAAGUAUCCCUAGAGUCCUUGCGGCCGUAAGUCGUGCCAGUUCCCCGCUUAUUUAGAACGUUGCUCAUUCCAACUUCGUCUCCAGGUCAUUUCUUUAACAAUUUGGGAUGGGCGGGAAAGCGGAAUCGGCUAGCAUGUUCACAAGCUUUGAGGCGCAUGGAUGCCGGGAUGAUUACGUAAUACAAAAGAAAGCCAAUUUCGCCUUCUUCCUUGUGUCAAGGAAAAUUGAACGUCUCGUUUGCGAAAUGCUUUUUACAAAAGAACUCAAUCCAAGCUUGAGCACCCAGGCCGAUCCAACCCAUGCCAAGCUCUUUGUUUUAACGAUAUACUUGACACUUCCAUUGGUUCCAGCCAAUUAAGCAUUUUUUUAUUUAAUAUUUCUAUCAUUGGAACAGCUCCUUUUCUUUGACUUGGACCCGUUUUUUAACGCUCUUAAUAUGAUUUUAACAUGGGAGCAUUUCUGUUGAGUAACACAUCAUCAUCUGCUAAUAUUGAUCGAAUUUCAUUGUCCAUUUCCAUUUCGUUGUUGUCACAAAUGCUGUUGUUGUUGUUGUUUUUCCGGAUUCUCUGCCAAUACUUCUACUGAACAUGCCCUUUCCUUCUUCUCAUGCAGACGUAUUAUAUUUACUAUGGAACAGUGGAAAAUGGAGUUAGUUCUGUUCCAGUGGGUAGCACCCCAGCCACAAGUUACACUGUAGGCAACUUACAACAGAGCGUUGUUUAUGUGUUUCAAGUGUCACUGGGUCUGACAGGGGAACACAGUGAAACUGUCAACUCGCGGCCUAAAUCAGGUUAGUCCGAAAUUGGGUGUUUGCAGGUCAUUAGGUUUUGUUGCCUACUCUUUAAUGAGGGAAUGUUAUUCUCUUACGAACUACCUCAGAACAGUGAGGCCUUCCAAGGGGUGGAAGCGACAGCAGGCGACAUGGCCCAGAAACCUGGCGACAAUCUUAAUUUUCAGAAAGCACCGACAAUCGACAGAAAAGUAGGAAAAAAUUCUGAAAGCGACAUCUGACGUCUUAUAUUUUGGACUGUUUCUGCAGCGAAAUAACAAUCUCUCUUCCGUUAUUUUUAAACAUUUUCCGUUAUUUUCUUUAAUUCGUUUUCUAAUGUUGGUAUUAUCAAAAAACGCUCCCUUCGGGAAGAAGAUUACUAACAAUAAUUCUUUCUAGGCGCUAUAUUUGCCGUGAGUUCCAAAACUGAGUACCAAUAAGAAUUUAUCCUUAACCGACAGCAGCAUUUUCCUAACCUGCAAGGCGACAGGCGGUCUCAGAAAUGAUCGACAAAGCGACAGCAUACCGUCCCCAUGAUGCCCUGAUGGAUUUAUCUCUAUAAUCGCUUACUAGAUUUUAGUUACAAGCCGAAGUGCAACAGUCAUGCUAGCUGCCCACGUAUAAGUGCAACGUUGCCACAAGUAUGCUUAUGGUGAAACAUUGAAACAAAAAGAACAAAAUGCGGGUCAGAAUCUGUCAAAAAGCCAGGAAAUGCCUUAUAACAAUUGGCCUUAUUUUUGGUCCAAAAAAAAUCGAAAACAAUUACCUACCUUUAAGUCAGCGGUAAGCCACCAAAGAUCUUUGUAACUUUUCAACUCUUCUUUCAUCAUUCUCUUUCGUAUAACUUUGUUUGUUGUCAGCUCCGCAUUAGUUGUCUCUAUAAGCGAGAAGUGUGCGUUCUUCACCAAUGAAUUUUUGAAUUUAUGAAUAAAAUGACUCAAAGUGACUCAUUGAAAACUUGAAAAAAGGUUCAUGGAAAAUUUCAUGAAAUUCAUGUAACCGUUUACCAACCCUGUUGACCAGUGAAAUCUCGCUUACACAGGGCUGCAAAUAACGGACAGCAGGUUGCCGGUCAUGAUGACCGGCCAAAUAUUUUUUAGCCCGGACAAACCCCGAUUCUGGCCGGUCAAAUAAUGAUUACUAAUAAUUUUUUUUUGCCUAAGGAAUAUCCAAUUAUGCUGGCAAUAGAUCGUUAAUACUACAUUGACGUUCACAUUUUUGACAGCAAAUUGGUGAAAAAUGCAUUCGCACGUUGUAGAGUUCCUUUCCGCGGUUUUGGCGCGUUUUAAUGUUACGUUCUACCUUGAGUAUCAUUGCACGGCGGUGUCUGAAGUCUCUAGUGGUAAAAAGUGAAGCGUAAAUCUUUUUCAAACUCCCAAGGUUCAGAAACGGAAUACACAUACAGUUCAGCAAACUUUAGAAAUUAUGAAAAAAAACAACAAAAGAAUUGGGUUAUUUUACAAAAUCUGCACACGCUUGUUUUACGUUGAUGUUCCGAAAUGAACAUCGGUGAAACUUGAUCUUUUUCCUUACCUGGCACGUGAUCGAAAGUCACUUCCUCAAAGAAGAAUCGUCGCUGACAUUUUCGGCAAAGACGUUGAUUUGCAUUGGCGAGACGUUUGUUCCACAAACAGCGUGUUGAUGAUCAGAAGUCAAUAAAUAAAUUUGGGUCAUCGCGCAACAUUUUAUCGCGAAGGGCUCAAAUGUCAACAGAAAUUUGCAUAAAGUUGUUUACAAGAACGAGAAUCUAGCGCCGCGAUAGACGACGACCUUCCCUCUUGAGUAGCUUAAAUUUUUAUCAGACCAUUCUGGAAUCGAGUCUGCAAACGAGAUUCAUGUUCGACAUAAACGAAAAUUAUUAUUAAUCGAUGCGCUAACAUUUAUUCCCGGAGAAACACAGGACGACCUGUUGAGAAUUGCGAUCGAUUUGCCUGAAUUCCUUCGAAUUCCCAAAGAAGGUCACAUUGCUGAUUACAGCAUGCAAAGCCGAAAGUACAGUACGACUUGCAACGUUGCGUUACUUUCCAACUCAGUUUGUUAUUCACUUUGUUGCGUUAGAUUACGACAUGACGACAUAAAAUUAAUUUAUUGCGGCGUUCUUUUUCUUAGAAGGGUUUAGUGCAAAGCAGCAAAAAACGCCAAAGAAAAAAGAAAUCAUUGCAGCGUUAUAGAGCAUUAAGCGCAAAUUGUAUGGAAAAUAAAGUGUUUGUAUCCAAAAAUGACCGGUCAAAAUGACCGGCAAGAAGGGAGUUUGACCUGUCAAGUCCGCGAUCAGGCCGGACAUUGUCCGUUGACCGGCCGUUAUUUGCAGCCCUGCUUACAACGCUCCCACUUUUCCUCCUUUCUAAUUCCUAACGCCUUUUACAUGUUGCUUUGUUUUUUUUUUCAGAUCAAGACUAUCAGCCGGUACACAGUCUAAAGGCUGUUGUUGUUAAUGCCAGUAGUAUCGUACUUACUUGGGAAAAACCACCUGAUAUUAAAAAUCCAAGUGAUAUUAAGGUAAGUUUUAGUGUUUAUGGUACUGAUACUAUUUUAUUGUAAUGGAAUGGAAUGGCGCUUAUAUGCUCUAGCUAUAACUUCACCUAACUUAUUUGAAGCAAAUAAAGGGCCAUUUAUACGAGAAAAAAUAAGACGCGUCUUAAAUAAGACGCGAACUGUACCAGUUAUACGAGCAUGUCUUAUCUAAGACGAAAACAGCUCGUAUAAAUGGAUCGCGUCUUAUUUCUGUUCUUGACUCGUUUUCAUGUGAAUGUUGCCCCUAGCAACGGCAAUCCAACGUGGCGCGCCAAAAAUUAACCCAUUCGCCCCUGAACCGCCCGUAACCGCCCGUGCGGAUCCAGGACCUUUCUACCCUUUGUGACGUCAUCAGUUUUAACGGUCAAGGACAACUUUCUUCGCUAACUUGUGCAGAGUGAACAGAUCUUUCAAACCAUACCAGAAUGAGCACAAUUCAGUCAAGGACACCGGAGAAAGAAGCAAAAAACCACGUGACAAGGACCUGAAAAUCUCCAUGAAAAUCUUGUUCCAUUACCCACCUACCUUUCCUUUCACCUAAUCCUAAGAUCUUAAAAGCUUUCCUAAAAACUCUUCCCACCAAAAUGAAGCCUACUAAAUGCCCAGCAAAAGAAAAAAAAAAUGAGGCAAGAAAAGCGAAAAAAGAAGGGAGGAGAGAAAGCGAAAAGUAAAAGUCAAGACUGCUGUGUCACUUUUAAACCCAAAAACGAAAUCGAAAUUUUGCUUUCUGCGCAUGCCCGAACUUCGCAAGCUGAUAUUUUGCAUCUGGAUCAGAAGGCCGCCAAGUGUACGACCUGUAAACCGGUUUGUGGUAAGUUUUAGCUCUUUAUAGCACGACAGUGACCAGAAAACCACUCGACUAGCUUCAAAACGCGUUUUUCGGCAAAAUCUCAAGGGGCGAAUGGGUUAACGCAUGCGUACUAUGGGUUGGCGUCUUAUGUAAGACGCGAAGGUCAUUUAUACGAGGUUUUUCUCGUCUUAGCUAAGACGCGUCUUAUCUAAGAACAGGUGUUAAGGGCUGUUCUAAAAUAAUACGCGUCUUAGCUAAGCCGCGUCUUAUUUUAGACGAAAUGUGCCGUUUAUACGGAAAGUUUGCUUCUUAUUUAAGAUGCAUCCUAUGUAAGAUGCAUCUUAUUUUUCCUUGUAUAAAUGGCCCUAAUGUAACAAGAACAUAUUAAACAUGAUUAAAACCUUAACUGGUAGGAGGCAACCGGUUUCCUUUUUACAAGCUUGGCCGACGAUUUAAACACGUUAGAACGGGCUUGAAGAAAACUCAAUUUGUCAAGCAAAGCUCGUCAUCCCUCUUAAUAGGCCAAUAUACAGUUGUAUGCUAAUCUAGCCUUAAAGUUAAGGCGAGGCUAGUGGGUUUUUUUUAGAGCCAUUGAUGUGCAUAGGAACAUGAAUUGCAUUAAAAGAAGGGAGAGGUUCUAUGAAAACAAGGUUACCUCUAGUCCCACUUCCACUCAAGGCCAGGAUACUCAGUACUCAGCUGAAAAGUGGUCUGGCUUCACAUUUGACUUUGAAUCACAGUAAAAAGUUCAACAAGGCCUUUACAGGGCACCGCCCGUCUUAGUUCAUUGUAAAGUUUCUUGGUACGCUUUUUUAGGGUUACCAGAUAACAAUGAGCUACACAGCCGAUGGUAGAUAUAAAAUGGAACUUUCAAACGCUACAAUGACAAGCUCUACAUUCAGGUUCUUGGAUUUCAACACUCGAUACACCUUUGAGGUGCGAACAAGAUUCAGCAAAGAUAAUUCUCUUGGUCCACCGGUCCAUGUCAUCAAAAGAACAGAUGCUUUCACUGCUCCUGUGGGCCGUUUGACGGCAAAAGUGGGCUACAACAGUGUAGUUUUAGAUUGGUCUGCUCCUGGAACGAUCAGACCCAGGGCUCUGAAGGUAAAAAUGUACCUUAUUCUGUCUAUUUUUUUUUUUUUUUUUUGGUUCUUGUUUUGGCAAGGUAUUUCGUGAGUGUCAUAUUGCCAACUAAUUUCUCGUUUGUUUGUUUGUUUGUUGUUGAAGUUGGUGUUGUAAGCACAGGAAAAAGAAUAAAUGAUAAGAACAAUAAAAAGACUCAUUAAAGGAGCUGUGUAUCCAAAUUCAGCCAUUCGAAUAAAUAAUCGCCUAAAUCACUGAGAAGGUACAUUAAAGUGUAUAUGACUUGAAAUUUUAAAAAAAACUGAUUUCAGUUCUUAUGAUAAGUGUAACAUGAAUUAACAAUUCUAAACUUUGAAAAUGUCUCUCCCAAGUCUCUUACACGGGAGACCGGGUCCAGAUGGUUUCAAAGUGCAUUAUGGGACUGUUCUGGGGGACGCAUUUUCAACAUGGCGGCAAAUUCGUCCCCCAGAGCAGUCCCACAAUGUACUUUAACAACCAUCUCGACCGAUUCUCCAACGCAACCUCAAAUUCUUGAAUUUUGGUUGUUAAAAAACUGCUUUUUCUCCCUUCAAAAAUGCCUCACAGACUGGGAGCGAGUAAAGUAUCACCGAAAGAAUGAUAUGCGUGGUAUUUUCACCCGUAUCUAGACGUUAAAAUUUGCAUAACAAACUAUAAAAUUUCUUUUCCAUUUUAAAUGCGGAAUAUUUUGUUUUUUGCUGCACAACAUGAUAGCUUGAAGAUUAAAGGAGCUUUUUUUUCUUACGUUUCUUUAAUUCAAAGUAUUCGAUUUCUCACAGAGAGAUCCUUACUCAGUGUGAGCAAAAAAAACAUUCAGACUAUUAAAUCAAUUAAAAUUUAGCAUGAGGUCAGAGAAAAAUAUUUCAAGCGUGUCGUCAGAAGCAUCUUUUGAAGAGGAGAGAAAUUCAUGCCAAGAGAAAGCAAUCAGCUGUCGUUACUUGUUCUGGCAGAUACCUUUUUUGGCAUGAUUUAUUUAUCAUUCAUUUAUCUCUCAAUCCUAAGGCAGCCCAGUGAACGCUUACCUUGCGUCUAGCGGGGUAUUGAAGCCCUUGCUUUUGUAUCAUAUUAUGAAGUAGUUCUUAGUCUUUCCUUUUCACCUCUUCCCUCAAAAGUUCAGCUUUGCUGUUUUGUUUUAAUUUUCAUAGCAUUAUUUGAUCAAAUGGAACUGUACAGGCUGCUACUACAGUCAACGCAGGGGCCAAAAAACUUGUGCUGGGACGAACUGUACUAUUCCCAACUUGCACCGGGGCUAUAGAUAUUCAUUUUCUGUUCAAGCAAUAACAGACUUUGGCCCUGGAGAAAUCUCCAUGAUCUCAGUGUUGAUAAGUCGAUACUUUGGUAAAGUUCGUAAUUUGCAAGCGAGUGUUGAUGAUGAUUACAACAUGACCAUCACGUGGGAUCCACCCCUUAAUUUGGACGCUAAAGAUAUCAAGGUAACCUUCCAGUCAUUGAAAACGAGACAUUCUUUUUGUUUGUUGUUGUUGUUGUUGUUGUUGUUGUUUUUAAUUCUUCUGUCCAGAAUUUUAAAAAUUUACUGUCUUUCAUUUGGAGUGUGGUGUUUCAUUAUUAAUUGGAAGCUUACGCAAUGACAACGGUGAGAGCAACAACUACGGCAAAAGAUUAGCAAUGAAUUAGCUAGCAAUAGAUUUAAAUUGUGCAGUCCCAGAAAAUAUCCAUAGCCGCUCGACGGAUGGCGCUUUUGUUUUAGACCCCUCACGCCCCUGAAAUUUCCAUUCUAAGAGAUGCUUGUCAAACCCCCUACCCUCUAGAAUUUCAUUGAUUUUCCAUUUUGGUUGUGUACCUCCUGGAAAGAAUAUUUCCGCCAAGAAUGUUGUUACACUAUAAAUUGAGAAACAAAUCUUUUUAGUCAUGUUAAUACAUGGUCAAAUAAACUCAAUCUUGCCUUGUAGAGGUCUUAGCUAAUGAUUAACGUAAGCCACUGCCAGAGAACUAGAGGCGCGGAUACUUUCAUUACACGAAUGAUACCAUCUGAAUGACAAAUAGAACAGCUGUUAGUUUUGCAUAACUCACCAACCUUACUUGGAGCCCCCGGAAGAAGGCCUCGAAAAGCUACCCCUACCCCCUCGGAAAUUGCCUCCUUUUUGACCCCCCGAAAGUUGAUCACGUGAUCAAGCCAUGCAAAGAGCCUAUUGAACGAAUUGGAAUAAUAGCCAUGAAGUUGGAAACAGCGCGUAUUCACUUUUAAAAUGACGUUAUCUCUGCCGUCGCCGUCCUGGUGGCGUAAGGUUGCUAAUGGUCAGCGACGGACGUCACCUUAAAUAUAACUUCAAACAUUUCACCAAUCUUAACGGCAGUUUGACAUUAUACAAUAUGCAACAUACAAUAUACAAUUAUACAACAUAGAGUGUAAUUUAAUUGGCUAUUAAAACAGAACGUUGCAUCCACAGUUCCUGGACACAUGUCCCCCUCCUAUCAAAUGAAAUAGUGAACUUACACAACAGGACUGGAAAGGAAAGAAGGCGGCAAUCCUUGUGUGACAAGCGUGACAAUAAUUUGGUUGAAAUAACUUUUCGCCAAACUUAACUUUCCUUUACAAAGAUCUUUUUGUAAAAGGCCAGAAAACAUUAGUGUUAAGUGAAGAUCACGUCAAAACACGCAAAUAAUACCCCUGUCACGUUUGUCACGCACAAGCGUUUUGCCGUCCUCUUGCGUAAACUCAAUAACAGUGAACUUACGCAACCGGACGGGAGAGGAAAGACGACGGCAAACCUUGUGUGACAAGCGUGACAAUAAUUGUGUUUGAAAAAACCGUCCACCAAACUUCACAUACCUUUAAACAGAUCUUUUUGUAGAAGAGCAAAAAACGUCAAUGUUAAGUGGAUUCCGAUCAAAACACGCAAGUCAUAGCCUUGUCACGUUUGUAACACUCAAGCGUUAUCCCGUCCUCUUCUUUCUGCCGUCUUGUUGCGUAAACUCACUAAUGAUGAUGAUGUGGUGGUGGUGGUGGUGGUGGUGUGGGUAAUGGUGAUGAACUCUUGUGAUUUAUAUUUUGUGCGGAAGUUUUGAAGGUGGCAGAAGGUAGAAUUUUUAAUCAGAUAUCAAGAUCUUAGUCUGAGUUAUCACUUAGUUUGAGUAUCUGUUUUGAAUGAAUAUACCGUAUCGGUUAUUGUUAAUUUGGCCGUCAGUUCAUGAUAUUCCAACGUUGAGAAUGUUAAUUUUUGUCUCUUAACAGUAUUACGUUGUCCGUUGGUGUAUAGUAAAUGAUGGUCCUUACUCGUACUGCUAUAGCUACAACAGCAUCCAUGUCAACAAGACAAGCUACAAAUUAAAUGUCAUGGCUGGUAGUACGUACAGGAUAAAUGUCUAUGUUAUCGCAGCUUCUGGGUCUGGUUAUUGGUCCUAUCUGUUAAAGGCAGUGCCACCGCUAAAUCUAAAGGUGGGAUAUGCUUACGCUCACCAAAGUGGAUUGCAGGUGUCCUUGUCCUGGUACCGUGUAUACACCAGUGGACCAGUGGUGAGUAAACAGUUAUCAAGAUAAUUUGCACUAGUGUAUGGAAAUCGAUGUCCUCACUGAUCGUCUUUACGCACCAUUCAGGGUUGGCACAGUCUUGAAAAAGUCCUUUGCGUGUUAAGACAAUGACGUCACAAUUUAGAGAACAAUAGGUUUGUAUGAUAUGACAGAAACUUUAAACCGUGGGCUCACUGGAACAUAAAUUUGUUAUGGCGGACGCGAAAAACACUACAUUAUUUUUCAAGUUCAAUAUUUUCACGUAAAGGCCCCCAAAGUUCAUUUCAACGACCGAGAUGGGUACAGAAAUUGAGAAGCAAAGUUGUCCAAGUCAUUCUGAUCUCAAACUCGCAGAUAAUUCAUAGCGGAAAUACAAAGGAAAGUAAUGUUGAUUGAGUGUUUAGAAAUCAGAUGAAAAACUGCUCAUUUUUGCAUUCUUAAUUUCUCCUGCUAAAAUCAUUUCGUUUGAAAAGUAAUAUCAAGCAUGAUACGCAGUGUUUCAUCACCAGAGUUCGUCAAAAGUACUCCGUUGCGCGUCGUGUUUUCAACUCCCUUCUCGUUGUUUUAUCUGGUGACGAAACACUGCGUCUCGUGCUUGAAAUAUUACGUCAAACGCAGAUUUUCCAGCGGUUGUGUGUCUAACUCUUAAAGCUCCUGCGCAUGCCACAUUUAUUUUUAUUACGAGCUCCACGUUUUGUUAGCCUCCUCGGCAAAUAAUGCCGGGAAAGGCUUCUUUUAAUGGUUGUUGAUAUUGACCAAAACAGAAAAAUGUAGAGAAGGAGUUGGGGCCAAUACUUGAGGCCUUAAAAUUCUCUUAGCUUAGACUGGGAAUGUGCAUUUAUGUACCAUCUGUGAAAUUGCAUUCCUGAUUUUUGGUCCUUGAAAAUUCGAUUUGAACAUUGGAAAGUCUUUUUAAACUGGUUGCAAUUUUUGUAUGAACCCUUCCGUUGCGAACAAGGCUCAUCAUAAGGUCGCUUUUGCAUCGAAACUUACCCUGACCUUUUCUUAAACCGUCGUAUAAUUAUUUUUGUCGGUAAGCUUGGGGUGUUCUUCUUCUGCCCUGGUAUAGUUGCGUAAGCUGAGUAACUUUUGUGGCUGUCAGGUGACAGUUUAGAGUGCAGUCGAUGUCAUAUCAGUUUGGAUGUUUAUUACACGGAUGUGCCGUUAGUAUUGGCCAACGUAAAAUGAUAACUUACCCCAUGCUUUUGUUCCCGGACUGCUUAAAAUCGACGUUCUAAGAAUCAUUUUGAUGGUUAAGUGAUAGACUUGGCAAUGCGAGAACAAGUGCCUUCCAAGUUGGAAUUUAGGCAAAAGACUGACAGAGUACACAAGUUUACGUCAUUCGUUUAUCUACAGCGUCACUUCAUUCAAUCGCACAGUUUAAAUUAAUGAGUCUGGGAGUGCUCCGAAGAACCUAUAUCAUUUGAAAUUUAUUUGUACAGGAAGACAACGAAAAAUAGUUGAUACUUGUUAGAUACUGAGGGAAAUGAAAACAUUUGGCACUGAAAAUAUUUCAAAGACGUAGAACAGCUGAAAACCAUGUCUUGUCUUUUGGCAGCAAUACGAGGUGAGAUGGAGAUGUAUGACAACAGGCUCCAGCAGCUGUUACUACUAUUACAGGCACUACUGGAACACACAAGUCGUUAACUCAACCUCUUUCAGCGUAAAUGUGACAUAUUAUGGUACUGCGUACGAAUUUGAAAUCACCGUCAUCACAUCUCAUGGCAGAGGUACCCCCUAUAAGCUGACACAAUAUGUUCCACCGUUAAAUGGAGUGCCCAGAGAUUUUUCCUGUCAGGUUACAGCGGACAGCACUGUUCUCACUUGCCACUGGUCUCCACCCACAGAUUUCAAUCCAGCUGGAUUUUAUGUAAGUAGCAAUUUGAGGAACUCGGCCUCUAUGUUUUGAGUUGUCAACUGACAACGCACACGAUCCGGCCAUUGACACAGGCGGCUCGGAAGAAAUAGGGACUUAAGGGUCCAACGACGCCACGGCAACGAGAAGGUCGCUUAAAAAAGGAAUCUGUGUUCUUUCAGUCUUGAUAGCGAUUAUUCGUACCUGCUUACUUUGUCAAAUGUAGGCGAACCUUCCUGAAGUUGGAUUUCGAGGGACCAUAUCCAAGUUCAGAAAGAGAAAUAAAAGAUGGAGAAAUAAAUUUUCGUCGUUGCUUGCUUAUGGCCUCCAUAAAACGCGAAAUUAAGCAUUUUCACGUCGUAGCCGCGCAAAAACGGCGAAGAAAUGUACAAAGACGUGUGACGCGCGUCCAAAGUUGUUGUUUUGCUUAUUAAGCAUAUAUAUAAUAUAUAUAUAUUUUUUUAUUUAUUAAACUUGAAUGACAAAAAGAUCUACAACAAACUUCCUCUCUUGCUGUUUAAUACAGACGUUUUGCCCUUCGGGCAGGCGUAUUUUCAAAAUCAUCCACUGAAUAUUUUUAUUUAUUUAUUUACAUAUUUUUAUUAUUAUUAUUUUGACGUUCUCGUUGUCAUCCCGUCGGUGAGGUCCCUAAUAAUACGAGUGUCAACAAUAGGAGUCGAACCUAUGACCUUCUGGUUACUAGAUCAGUAACCAGAAGGUCAUAGGUUUGAUUCGUACCAGGGGCACCCAACGUCAAUUUUUGGAAAAUAUCUGUUCGGAAGACGAUUUGAGAUCUAGAAUUUUCAGAACAUUUGUAAAAUUUUACUGCUUGCCUUCCUCUCCUAGGAUUUUCGAACAUCUAAAAAAUGGUAUAAUUGUCCAUUUUUAACGGAUUUUUACCCUAAAAAGGUCACCUAGAAUUUUCGGGAGCCUUUUUCUGGCUUAAAUUUUCGGAAAGGUAAGUUUUGAUCCCUAUAAGUUUCGGAUCACUAGACUUUCAGCUAGGAAAUCCGAACUGAUGAAAGAUUUUCAGGGGAUAAAAAUAUGCUAUAUCUACCGUUUAAACACUAAAAUACGUUCAACAAUGCUAUGUUUAAGUGGUUUUGAACUAUAUUCUCGUUGGGUGCCCCUGUCCUAUGAGGAGGUCUUGGAGUUUUUCAUCCUAUGUAUCCGUCUGUAUCACUGACCAGUGAAAAAUUAUCUUUCUCAUGUAUUCACUGGGCUUAAAAUUCACCAUCACAUUUCUAUUAUUUCGCAAACCUGAAAUUUCUUUCCUUGCAGUACUACUGGUUAAGGUACAAGUGCGAUGACUGUCAGUACAGUCAUUUCUAUUACAAGCAAAUCAGUGGCAUCAAUACAACUUCCACCAAUGUAUCCGUGAGCAGAGGAGCGCAGUGGACUGUAAUGUUGCGAGUAUACACAAGAUAUGGAUAUGGUAAAUACGCCCAGGUAAAAUUGGUUACAAUGGCCGUGGUGAAUCCAGUUGUAGACUUGAAGGCCACGUUAGUGGGCAACACAAAAGUUCAUCUCUCAUGGAAAGCACCGUUAAAUACUCGCGAUAUUCAGGUGAGAAACAUCGAACCCUCUUCACCCCAUGUGAGGGAAUCUGGAUUCCAGAAUCCGAGAAAUUUUCGCUUUUGGAAUCCGGAUCCCACUAACGAUUGGAAUCCGGAAUCCAAGUUCCACUGAGAAAAAAAAAAGAAUCAUGGGCCGGUUCCUAAAAGGCCGAUUAGCGUUAAUCCAGGAUUAACAUUUUGUUCCGUUUUGGUAUUACAUUUCUAUGUAUUGCCUAGGGUAACAUUUUGUGCUAUCAUUGCUGUAUCUCGUAGUAAAGGUUCAACAGUAUUUUGCAACCUCGAGUUGCCUGCUCUAAAAACCGUGCUUAAAAUUUGGCUUAAUCCUGGGUUAGACUUAACAAUCUUUCGAGGAACCGGGACCAGGAAUCCAAUACCCAGAAUCUGGGAUCCACGGCGCAGAAUCCUGAGUACAAGACUGUGGUGGAAUCCCUUACGUAGGGCGACACUUAGUCCAAAGGGAAACAGUUAAUUUCGGUUUAGCCUACGAAGGCGGCCGUCACUAUUCGCUCCUCGCCGCUGGGGACGUUUCGUUUUCCUGCUAAACGUCCCUAGCGACGAGGAGCGAGAAGAGAAGGCUGUACGCAGGCUAAUUUCGCUUUGGAAGUAUUGACAAUUGGGUACACACAUCAUUCGACCUCGAACUAUCCUCUAGCAUGCUCUCUUCUGAUUAUACCUACCGAGACCUUGAUUAUCCCGGCCGGGUAUCACAAAAAUCGAAUCUAAUAAGUAUUUUAUUAUACAUUGGUUUGAAGAAAAUAACGACAAACACUCCGUCGCUCGAAAUACAGUUUGAUAUUGCUCUGUAUGCAUUGUGCGCGAGGUUUUCUGGUAGCAUAUCCGUAGGUUGCACUUACUUCUCAAAUCCAUUGCAGGCUCUUAGCUAUUCAGAAGACAGAUAAUGACUACAAUGUAGAAUAAGAUCAUCGAGAUAUCGGUAACCUUAAUUUAACGCGAAUGUCGUCUUACCAGGGCUCAAAAUGACGGCCGGUCAACGGACAAUUUCCGGCCAAGAUGACCAUUAUCCAGACAAACCAUUCGGUUUGUAUGUCAUUUUGACCUGACACGUAAAUAAGCAACAAGAAAAGUGCAUUUUCACACCAUUAAGAGGACAAUUUUUUUCACUUUAUGUUUUUGAUUGAUAGGCCAUUACGGUCAAGUUUUUAUCUAGCCUGUUACAGGCGUUCAGAUAGUGGGGAGCAGUGCGAAGUGAAAAGGAUCGCGAAAAAUUAAAAACUACUUCCCCAGUCCCCCUCUCCUUUUUAUCGCUUUCUUUACUUCGCACCGUUCCCCACUAUCUUAAUGCCUGGAACAGGCUAGUUAUUAUCGUGUUAUUGUUAACAUUUUGACCGGUUUUGUCCAGGUAUGAGCGAGCUAUUUUUUCUUUGGCCGGUCAACGCAACUAGCAAAGGUCCUAAAUUUAUUUUGAGCUCUGACAUAUAUGGUGUUAUUGAAGGGACUAUGUUAUGGCUGUCUAGUUCAUUGUGUUAAUGUUCUCAAUCAAGACCUUUAGAUUCUAAGACGAGUACGACGACGACUACGAGAUUUUCUCAAUGCUAAGUGGUGCACGCGCGUGAACCAACGUCAGUAGGGACGAGUUUACGCGGUGACGACGGGAAGCUUAGACGACGGCGUUCGCUUUGAAAUUACGUCACGAGCAUGCGCAAUCGUGAGGGCAUUCAUGUGUAAAAGCCGUCGUGCUCCAGUCCACGACUUCAGUUGACCUGUUUUGAAGUCGACUUGUCGACGCGAGUCGACGUGAGGUUUAUUGCUUAGAAACUAUUUUUCUUCGCUACAUUUACCGCUCCAUCGCCAUUUAACUUCAGUUCAUUCAUCAUAGUUUCCAACCUGAUGUGUUUAACGCGGACUUUCCUCUUCAAAUUGACCCAUUUUUUUCUUAACAAAUCGAAACGCGCAUUUUGAAACGAACACGAGGUCAUUAACGUAAGUUAAACUAUUUUACAUCCAGAAAACGGACGUGGUUUUGUUUCCACUAGUUUCCAUUGAUUUAAGAAUCAAAGUGUUAACAAAUAUUUUAUUUGUGAGCUGUCACAUAUUCGGUGGUUCCUUAAUUGGAGGCUCUACAUGGACGAGAAUUCUGGCUUGACUUGUUCAAAUCAUACAACAGCAAAAAAAAAAAGCAAAAAGCAACAUAUCUCUGACUUCUCUUAAAGAAGGCAUGCCGUAUAAAGCAGUUAGUAGUCAGGAAUCCAGGUUUUAGAAUCAACAGUUGCACAGAUAAAUAGUUAAAGUCCAAAUCCCUUUCGCCCGCAACGCCGGGAAAAAUGGUUUUGCAUUUCGCGUCAAAAUCAGGAGUGCCGUCCUAGAAUUUAUCGAUGCGUAACGUUACGCGACAGUGGGUAAACUGAGGCUAUCGUUCCAGUCCCUUUCGGUCGAGAAUGCCGUCGUGAAAACCUACUGUCGUCGUUGCGUAAAGUCCCUACUCUGGCGGGAAAACGUGAUAGCCCUCGGCACUCUACUACGAGUCUUAGCGAGAAUGUGGAAGUGGCGAAAACAAGUAUAAAUUCUCUUUGGCGAAACGGGAAGGUGGGUGCGUGAAUGGAUGAAGGAACACGAUACGGAUAUACGGCUUUCACGAACUCAAACUUCGGCCGUUUCUGAACACGCCAAUAAGACCGGGCAUUAUCCGCUCUGGGACGAAGUUAAGUCCCUCACUGGUACUCUGGUAGGGUUAAGGUGGCUAUCGACAUAUCACUUCACCCUAACAACAUCAACAGGGACAGUGGAACUGAGAUUCCUGAAGCGUGGAUGCGUACAAUCAGACAACAUGACAACCGACCUCUGUCACAGCGGACCGCUUCGUUAUCAGUUUCUUCCCCUCACAAUGCCAACAAUGCUUUGGAUCGAAACCCACCAACCAUGAGCGAGGUUUGUGAUACACCAGUACCUGACAACCACGGUGGUACAAAAAGUUCGACUCAGUAAAUCGACACAAUCGCCUGAUGAGAACCUGCAGUGUGCGUUCAAAAUGUCGCGAUCAAUAUCAAAGUGACAAUCGUGAGACAAACGAUAAAACUAAACCCUUUAUACACAUUAUCCACGAUGAUUAAUAUCUUUCAUAUAACAAGUUAUCAAAUCCCUGAAAGGUUUGAACCCAGGAGUCAUUUCAAAAGUAUUGACCAAUCAGGUCAAUAACCAUAGUACGAUAUCAUCAAUGGGCGUGAUACUACUCACAUUGACUCUGAAGAGACUACCGCACAGGUUGUCGAAACGUCAGUCACUGUCAACAACAGUCCUAUUCAGGAUUACGUUCACCCGGACGAUCAAACUCAACCUGCUUUUGAAGUUAUCAAACGUUUAUCAUUUGCGAUCGGGAAGAGGCGUAAACUCCUCCACUAAAAAUAACAGUGCUAGCGUUUCUGGUGGGAAAUGAUAAAAUCUAGCUUUCCGGGAAGUCUAUAUUUUGAGAAUACGCGAAAAAUUUCAAGUCAAAUCUCGUACUCGAAUCUAAAGCUCUCUGUUAGCGCUCGUUUAUUCGCAAAGCAACUUAACGUUAGCGAGGUUUUAUGACUUGGGAAUGUAGAAAUCACAGCUUCGUAUCAAUAAAAUUUUUCUCUCAAAGCAUUGUUUGAAACGGACGCAACAACUCCCAACAUUGCUGGAGUUGUUGUGUCCGUUUUCACGUAGCUAAAAGUUUGACCGGUUUCAAACUUUGCGCCGCAACAACUCCCAACAACACGCAACAACAUGCAACAGGGUGUGCAAACAGACGCAAAAUUUGUUGCUGGCCAACAAUGUUGUGUCCGUUUGCAGGGGGCUUUAGGCUAGCAUUUUUCAAAAACUGCAAUUGCAAUCCGUUUCAAUCUUCUUCAAGUUUGUCCAUAAAAUGAAAGCUAAUUUGAGGGUCUCAGUGGGGUGGUGGCUUUUACGGUUAUCGGCUAAAAUUCUGGCUCUUUUACGGCUAUUGGUUAAUUUUUUUCAUUUACGGUUAACAAAAAAGUUAGACACUAAUUUCUUUUGUUUUAGAGAGUUAAAUGUUAAUGAACCUGUACUUUUUGUAGCUUUAAAGCAAAGUAAAGGUCUUAAGAUCAUCUCGGGAUGAAAUGCUAUCCUUCUGAAAAAUUUUAACAUUUGACAGAUCAUACUUUUUAUAAAGUAUUCUACUUCUAGUAUUAUUUUAGGCAAAGAAAUGCCAAUAGUCAAUUUAAGACGCGAACGCCAAACUCAAGACCGGGGGCGUGACAUUCAUUUAUAACAGAAAUGGCCGUUUUCACACUAGAGACGGGUCCCGGGCGGGAGACGGGUGAUUCGCGUGAGACGGGUUAUCCGUUUGAUAAUUGUGUCAGAUAAGCAAUACGUCUUAGUUUCAAAACGGAAUGGUUUUAAUUUUGAAUGAACAAUCCACCUGACUUUAAUCGUCAAUUUUGACGGACAGUUUAGAUAUUGAUUAUCCGUUUCUGAUAGCCUGUGUACAGCCGCCUCCACCAAUAAGAAAAAAUCGGAGAAGGGGUGUCUGUGGGGGAGGGGGCGUCUGCACACAGCUCUAGUGUGAAAACGGCCAAUCACAAAAUUCCCGUGUCCAGCGUUUUUAAUGAUAGCGAAAGACUGUACAGAACGACUCAGUCUCCUGUUGCCUUGUCCGUAGGCCUCAUUGUUCCGCACGGCUAUAUGAGUUUCGGGUCACGUGGUCCGAGUGAGUUUUUUUCUCAGAUACGCCACCGAAAGGCCUUGAACGAGAUUGCGUGGAAAGACACCUUUAAUACAAGAACUAGACAUGGCAAUGUCUACCGUGGCGUUAGAGAUAAACAGACAAUUGUUGUUUAUCGGCAAUGUGUUUUACAAACAGUGACAUAUCUCUGCGUGUUGUUUUACUAGUAUUUCGAGGGCUCGAUCUCUUUAAAAUCGCAAAUAUUAAUCCCCAGCAAGAAGCCAGAUUUUCGCUAUGGAAAACAUUAGUUCUCCGAGAGAGCGACGAAAAUGGAGUUUAGGUCUAGGUCAACACCUAAAAGCUAGGCGCUUGGCCUAACGUGCGUACGGAGUCAAAGUAGCCGGAAAGUAAAAAACGUAACCAUAAAAAAAGUGAGUUUAACACCUUCCUUAAAUUAACAAACCCAGCUAGGGAACAAUUUCUUUUAAGGUUAACUCUUUUUACCCUAUUUACGGCUAACGGUUAAACUUUUUCAAUUUUUACGGCCAUCGACUAAAUUUUAAACCGUUUUACGCCUGUCGGCUAACCCCAUUGAGACCCUCUAAUUUGCCCAGUAAUUUUUGAUGAGAGGAAAGCCCUGAAUUAACCUAAAAUGUGCAAGACUCUACUGUACUUUCAAAGUAUUUAAUAGGAGAGUACAGGUUUCGUCGGGUUAGAAAUGACCGUCUCUUUCUUUGCUUAUUUCUCCAGAAUUAUUUGGUUAUCACUGAAUGUGACCACUGCGGUUUCAGUACCACCAGAACUAUUACUACGCAGCCGACGCUUGACGUAACACUUCCUUGUGGUAACACGUAUACGUUCAUCGUCAAAGUGCAAACAAAACAUGGUACUAGUGGGGACAGUAAGAUCCAAUUUGAAUUAAAGCCGUCAGUUGGUGCAGUUACUAACCUAAUGGUUAACUUCAUUGAUGGAGGAGAAGACACAAACGGCACAGAUUGGUCAAAAGAACGUGAGAAGGGUUUUCUGUUGACAUGGAAUGCCCCACGUGAUAUAAAUGCUAGUGAUAUUCAGGUAAGAGAUUAACUGCGAACCUUUGGAGACGUUCUGCCCUUAGACCUAAUUAGUAUCUCGUGCACACUCAAAUCUGUUAAAAUGUUCUUAACAGGAUAGCAGAUAGUACCACCACAGAAAAUAAGGAUCAGUAGCUUUCAUUUGAAUUGGCACGCGAUAGAACUUCAUCCACAGAAUCCACACAAACUCAAAAGUAAGAAGCAGUUUGUAUAGUAUAAUAAACAGUGCCACAGAACAGAAAAGUGCUGCUCCAUUAGCUUUCAUUGAAUGGUAACAGUUUAGGAUUGCAUGCAGUUUCAAAAGUUAGAACCACCUCGUAGCUCUCAUUUAAAUGGUUACACCGUAGGAUUUCAUCCACAGACUUCAAAUUUAGAAACACCUGAAAAAGUAUAAGAAACCACAUGGAAGUACUGUUCGGAAGCUCUCGCAUGACUUCUCGCGACUCCCCUAUCCACAGUUUCAAAAGUUAGAACCACCUUGUAGCUCUCAUUUAAAUGGUUACACCAUAGGAUUGCAUUCACAGACUUAAACGUUAGAAACACGUGGAAAGGUAUAAGAAACCACAUGGAAGUACUGUUCGGAAGCUGUUAUCCACGGACUUAAGAACCAUUAUUAACAACACUCUAUCGGAGCGUACACUUGGGAGUCGUUGUAUCAGGCGUAUAUGAGGAUUUUUUGUACUGCAGUCGGUGUUAAUUGUUAAGGGUUGGUUGAAAUGGGUGAGAAUUGGAGACUUAGAGCCAUAGUGGACGUUGCUUGGUAUGUAAAUAGCUCGAGUUUUUCCCCGGAAGUCCUAACGUUUACUGGCUCACCGAAUAGUGAACACGCACGACUACCAAGAAAUAUUAUGGACUGGUCGCCACUUCUCCAUUUCUUUCCCCGCGCGUACUGGGUGCCUUCCAUUUACCAACAAAUUGCGUAAAUUCCGGUUUGGGUGUAAAUGGAGCAGGAGUUUUCGGGUCAUUCCAGUGGAAGAUAUUCGGAGCAUCAGAAAGUCUAAAAUGGUAGUCCUGACUCCUGUUUUUCCGGUCGGAAUGUUCCAAACUUAAAUUCGUGUUCCAGUUGUUUAAACCCAUCUUUGAUACCGCUUUUCAGACUUUCUCGUCUGUUUUUCCUUAAAUGAACUGAUUUAUGCAAACAGUAAUAGGUCAGUGUAUGAUCUAUUUGGCUUUAUUUUUACCCCAGCUGUUUAUUUAUUUUAUUUAUUUUUGUAUUUUAUUUUAGUACUACGAAAUAAUAGUAACGAACCAAAAAACAGGAGAGCUUGUUAAUCAUACGACAACGGACGCGAAAGCAACGAAUUGGACAAUAAAACGGAAGGACCACGUAGACGACCUUCAGCCUGGUGAACGAUAUGUCUUCCAAGUUCGCUGCAAUGCUUUAUGUGGCUUUGGAUCGAAUAGCACCACCGUUGGAUUAUAUUAUAGUGGGUAUUUUUCUUUGGCGUCGUCCAUUUUUAUUCAUGAGACUUAACUGAUUGCAGAGCCCCAUACGGUGGGUUCGAGUUAUUGAAAUUCAUACUUGGUACUAGGGCUGAGGGGUUUUGCAGUGGAACUCCUUUAUUCAAGGUACCGAAGUGAGUCUCCCCUGAAUGGAGAUUGGGCUGGGGUUUGUUAAUAAUCAACAAACAAAGGAAAUGUAUAUUUUUUUAUUCUGCCUCAGAAUCUCCUGCAGUCAAAGCAGCUACAUAAUACACACAAAAAAAAACAUGAUAAACUUAUCUUUGCGAUAUUGUGUGUUGAAUUUCCGCAGGUGCAUGAAAUUGAUUUAUGUGAGAUAGUGAUAAGUGUACUUUUAGAGGUGUCGACCCUAUUUGUGGUCGGUCAAGUUAUGAGUGCUAAUGUCUUCCCUGAAUAGAGGCUAAACCUGGGUUUCGGGACCAAGAAAAAAAUGUCCCUUUCUCCUGAACAGAAGUGCCCCUUCAAUGGAGAGAUACAAAGAUUAUGCGAAAUUUUUCCAGAACCAAAUUUUUUGUCCCUGAAUGGAGGUGUCCCAAGCGAGAGGUUCCACUCAAGAGAGGAUAAAGCGGACAGAGAAGGCAUCCCCCAUACACACCCUAUUCCAUAGGUAAUUCGUCUCGAAUUAUUUUUAAGACCACAGAUCCCAAGGGGGAUUAGACAACAGCCAAUCACAUAGCGCGAAUGUGUUCCGCGUGGAUGACCCACGCUCAGAGCCACGCGUCCUUCACGAAUUGACGCUGAAAAAAGUGGCGGAAGACGCGGAAAGCGAUAUUGCUAUUUGUUUUGUCGACGAAAACGACUAAAGGGAGAUUUCUACUAAAGCGGUGUCAGCGAAAUGGAAAUUAAAAAAGAUUCGCCCUUCAUCUCUUGUAUAGAGCUAACAGUACAGCAGGGAAAUCCUUAACCCACGGAAUAUUCUCUCAGGAUCAUUUAUAAUUUACAGUUUGAAGAGAGCAAUUUCUGGUUUGAUAUUUAUUCUUUUAUUAGUCUUUUAUUAUUCAACAAAAAUAACACUUGGCGUCCUACUUGCUUUAUUGUACAAACGAGCAGUUUCAAUAGACCGGCGAAUUUCUCAUUUUAUUAAAGCACUGAUCAUGAGGUUACGACGACUUCGAGUUAAACUGAUUUCACGGGUUGUCAAAGAGUCCAGCGAUUCCCUUUUCCCAGGUGAGCGCCGACUCAUUUCGCUAUUCAGAAUAUGAAUAUAAUAUAAUAUUCAGAAAUGCUCUCGAUCUCUUUACGCUUUCAUUGCCUUUCGCCCGACAUGUUUUGCACGGCGUUUAGUCAUGCGAAACCUCCACGAAACAUCCACGCAGCAGCGCGCGAGGUAACUUUAUCCCGAUUCUAAAAAUAACUCGAGACGAAUUACCUAUGGAAUAGGGUGUGUAUGGGGGAUGCCAUCUCUGUCCCCUUUAUCCUCUCUUGGUUCCACUGUAAUACAAAAGCCAAGCCAAGUGUGGAUUUUGAUAAUUCGAAACUGGUUCAAUUUUCGCCGUGGUUGUCAAAGACGAAGGAUAAAAAUACAAAAAUAAUAACGGCCUGAGUCAGUGUGUUACGCGGGUAAUCUUUUAGAGGAUGGGUAGCUUGCAAACUAAACUGAACGCAGGGUUGUCGGAACAGCAACAAGAAGAUUUAUUCCAAAAAAUGAACGUAGUUUCCACGAAGUAAAACUCCACAACAGCACUUAACUCGUUAAACUUACACGGCCUCCGCCAACUUCAAUUGACUUGAUAAACUCACACGGCCUCCGUCAUCUUGAAUUAACACUGCUUCCGUCUCACUUGACUGAACACGACUAACGUGAGACUCUCUUCGCUUCUGAAAACUAGUUAAAACUUAACUCGGACUCGCCUACUUAUAUACUUCCACAAAAACAUUCUAAAACUUUCUAAAUAGUCUAAUUAUAGAAAAGUUACAAAAUAUACCGCUUUAGAAACGCUUACUCAAGAUCCUAACAUAAACAAACUAUGAACUCUCGCGAACCUUCUAGAAUGUCACGUUUACAGUCAAACCAGGUCAAGCGUUCCCGUCGCUAACAAACUAAUGAAUUCAUUAAUGGAAAAAUGAUUUCGUUUGUUGAUUCAAUAAUCCAUUCAUAAAAUGAAUAAUCCAACAGUCAAAUUGGACCUCGAUUCAAUAAUCAAAUGUUGAUUUGGUUUAUGAACAAAAUCUACCUGUUCUUUAUUCUUGUCUGUUUUGUUCAAUCGUAUUUGCUUCCUUUUUCCUGCCGUUUACGAUUGCGUUUUUCAUUGCCUUUAAUCAAAAUAACAGCUAGAAUAGACAGACCGCAAACGCAAAGAAACUAUGAGAAACUGACAACGGCCGAGGAUCGAAAUCCACCAAUCACCGCACAUACACUGACCUUAGUUUGACCGUUGUGUUUUCUAAGAGGUCAGGCCUAGGUCUGUUGCACUGAUUACUGGCAGCAAACUGGCGUACAUGUAACAGUUUGUUUGGGUUUGAACUUCAGAACUCGCCAGCACUCGACUCUCAGAAAAAAAAGAGGAAAAAACAAAAUUCUGAGGUCAACUUGUGGAAAGUGUAGUUUUUCAAAAACAGUAAUCGAAUCAACAUUCGAUUAUGGAAUCGAGGCUAAAUAUGAAUAUUGGAUUGUUCAUUUUAUGAAUGGAUUAUUGAAUCAACAAACGAAAUCAUUUUUCCGUGAAUGAAUUCAUUAGUUCGUUAGCGACGGGAACGCUUGACCUGGUUUGACUGUAAAAGUCGCUCAAUACAAUUUUUCGUAACACAGUGAAGGAACCUAGAACUUACAUAGCAAAUAAAAAAAAUGUAACGGAUGAACAAAAUUGGGAAAGAUUAAAUCAGAUUGCAAACUGUUGGAAACUGUUCAGUUUUAGCAGUCUAUCUCUAGUUGCGAAACCCGUGUUAUUUCUUUGUCAUGAGGUGAGAUGGUUUUGUUUCAUUUAGAGGUAAUUUAAGUUUUAUAUAGCUUGUUUACAGCCGUGUGUCCCAGAUUAUUAUUUAUUUAUUUAUUUAUUUUGACGGGAGGGGGCGGCUGAACACUGACUACGUUAAUCGAGCGUAUCGGUAAAACUUAACAACAUUGGACUUAACUGCACUCUAUUUUUCGCAUUAUCUCCUUAGAGGGUAGUGUCAACCCAUCAAACAUUCCGUCCCAGCCGACCCCUGCUCCUGCUCCUGCUCCUGCUCCGUCCCCAGGAAAGCAAACCGGCGGCAAGAAGAAAGGUCUGAGUCCUGUGGUAUGGGCAGUUCCAGUCGCUAUUGUCGGUUUAAUAUUGAUCAUUACUUUGGUUUUCUUCGCUCGUAAAUCCCGUCGUCUCGAGCGCUCCAUGUUUGCUCUUAUGACUAGACGAUCAAUGGAUGAGGACGGCACAAUUACUUUCCAUACAGGUGAGUAUCUGUCGCUAUUCAAUUGUAUCCUUAGUUGAAAUUUGACUUUCAUUUCUGCUUUUGUUUAUGUAAAUAUUAAACAAUGACAUAAUUAUCCUUGUUAUACGUGAAUCUUUGUUUACACUUUUUGCCUCGUUAACAUAUGCUUAUCACUAUCUGAUGACGCUAAUAAAAUAAAAACUCUGAAUAUUGAAAAGCCGUAACAGUUCAGUUAUCUCUGAAAAUUUGAGCCCAAUACACCGAAUGGUUUCCGAGAAAUUCUCUUCUAAAAACUCGAAAUUUUUACGGAGAAUGUAUGGCUCAUAAACUUUUUUUGCCACACAGUAAUUUCGCAGUUUUUGAUGGCUGAUAUCUUCUUCAAUAUUGCUUGCAAAGAGCUGAAAAUUGCACAAAUUGCUCAACUUAAUCAGCUCUUUCAACUUUUGCAUUUAGUUCAUAAAUACGGCCACGGCUUCUAUGAGUUGAGUCAUAUGCUAAUGAGGAAAAAUGUAAACAAUAACGUCAGCAAAGAUUCUCCUAUAUAGCUGGAAAACUUUUUCCCAACAACGCGCGCUCUCAUUGGUUACUUCGAGGUCACGUGACAUCAAACAAUGAAACUGUUUCCCGCCAAAAUCUCUGAGCGGGCAACAUUGCAAAAUCUACGACGUCAGAGGGUAACAGUGCACAGUUACCGCGAAUGUUGACCGACGACCGCCGUUAUAGGGAGGUUUGAUAAUUUUCCAGCUAUAUAAAAAAGUCCGCCUCGGGAAACAAAUUAGCACUUUCCCUCGGGACCAUUCAUUAAGUGUUUAAUCGUCUGUUCACGGUUUAUGCAGUUGGUUUUAGGGACGGACCAGUUGUUUCGGGUGUAUGGGGAAUAUUCGAGCCGCAUGAAUUUUUUUCGUUAAUAUUUCCCUCGCAUGAAUUUUUUUAGGCCGGUGCAGGAAUGUUUUUUAGGUCUACUUGGCAUCCAUGAAUUUUUUUCGUAAGAUUAUCUCUUGCACAAUUUUUUUUUACUUCGCACACCCACCCCACCCCUUUACGUCUCUAAUGGCCCCCCGUCCCUUUGUAUAGAGAACAGGACAAGGAAAUUCCUCUUCAAUAUUACAGAGCCAGAGUUUUGAAUGGCCCAUGUUCUUGCAAUUUUUGACGUUUUGGGGUUAGGGGCCUAGGACUGGGUAACAUGGGUUGUAUCGUGUUAGGCCCAGCUUUUGUUACAACAACCAGUCUGUAAACGUUUUGCAUACAAGCAUAAUAAGCUUAUUUGAGUCGUUUUGUUUUUGUUUUGUUUUGUUUUGUUUUUUUCUGUUUUUUUUUUCUUAGAAGAUGAGGACGUUCCCUUGAUCCAAGGCUUCUCCGACGAUGAACCAUUAGUCACGGCUUAA